UCGCCUCGGGUGUAGGGAUUGCAUAGAAAAACAAAACUACACUGUCCCAACAGUGUAGUUUUGUUUUUUUAGGUUUAGAGGCUCACCGAUUCAUGCCUGGGAUUGUCUAAACAUCAAACUGUGGAUAAGGACGUCGUUUCCGAAGGAACGCUGGGCUUAGCCCAACCCUUUUAGGCACUCCUGAGAAAUCAGAGUGCCUAAAAAAAUGGCAACCCAAGCACCGACGUUCACACAGCCGUUACAAAGUGUUGUGGCACUGGAGGGUAGUGCCGCAACCUUUGAGGCUCAUAUUAGUGGUUUUCCAGUUCCUGAGGUGAGCUGGUUUCGGGAUGGCCAGGUUCUUUCAGCUGCUUCUCUGCCCGGCAUGCAGAUCUCGUUUAGCGAUGGCCGCGCUAGACUCACGAUCGCUGCUGUGACUAAGGGUAACAGUGGAAGAUAUUCCCUGCGAGCCACCAAUGGAUCUGGACAAGCGACUAGUACUGCUGAACUACUUGUUACAGCAGAGACAGCACCACCUAACUUUCUACAAAGACUACAGAGCAUGACAGUGAGACAAGGAAGCCAAGUUCGACUUGACGUGAGAGUGACUGGAAUCCCUACACCUGUGGUGAAGUUCUAUUGGGACGGAGCAGAAAUCCAAAGCUCCCCUGAUUUUCAGAUUUCACAAGAAGGCGACCUCUACAGCUUAUUAAUUGCCGAAGCUUAUCCUGAAGACUCUGGAACCUAUUCAGUAAAUGCCACGAAUAGUGUUGGAAGAGCUACUUCAACUGCCGAAUUACUGGUUCAAGGCGAAGAUGUUGUACCCGCUAAAAAGACUAAAACAAUUGUUUCGACUUCAACUGCUCAGAUUUCUCAAACAAGACAAACUCGAAUUGAAAAGAAAAUUGAAGCCCACUUUGAUGCCAGAUCAAUCGCAACCGUCGAGAUGGUGAUAGACAGUGCCAGCGGACAACAGCUGCCCCACAAAACCCCACCCCGGAUACCACCUAAACCGAAAUCCAGGUCCCCCACCCCACCAGCCGUUGCCGCGAAAGCACAGAUGGCCCGACAGCAAUCCCCGUCUCCUGUCCGACAGUCGCCAUCUCCUGUCAGACACGUCAGAGCGCCAACACCAUCUCCUGUCAGGUCUGUGUCCCCGGCUGGGAGACUCUCAUCUUCCCCCAUCAGACCUGUGAAGUCUCCAUUACUGAUCCGAAAAGCACAAAGCACCUCCAUGGCUUUGGGCACUGAGGUCCCGCCCCCUUGGAAGCAAGAAGGCUACCUGGCUACCUCAGAAUCCCAGAUGAAGGAAACGACAGUAACGAGUUCCACUCAGAUCAGGACCGAAGAACGAUGGGAAGGAAGAUAUGGUAUGCAAGAGCAGGUGACCAUCACUGGGGCCACUGGAGCAGCUGCCAGUGCUUCUGUGACUACAGGAGCCAUAGCUGGUGGGGCAAAACAGGUCAUACAAGACAGUGACAAAACAGCAGCUGUUGCGACCGUAGUUGCUGCCGUUGAUCUGGCAAGAGUGAGAGAACCAGUUACAAGUGCUGUAGAGGAGACUGCAAUGAGGACAACUAGAACUGCAGUGCACAUUCAACCUGGUCAAGAACAGACCAGAAAGGAAGCGGAGAAGACUGCCAUGACAAAGGUGACAGUUGCCGCUGAUAAAACCAAGGAACAAGAAUUAAUAUUAAGAACAAGAGAAGAAUUUGCUUCCAAACAAGAGCAAAUACACAUUACUCACGAAAAGGUGAGAAAAGAAACUGAAAAAGCUUUUGUACCUAAGGUAAUAAUUUCGGCUGCUAAAGCCAAAGAACAAGAAACAGUAUCGAAAAUUACUGAAGGAAAGGCUACAAAACAGGAACAAAUGCACAUAACUCAUGAAACGAUGACAAGAGAAACUAAGAAAACUGUGGUACCCAAGGUAAUAAUUGCCACACCUAAAGUCAAAGAACAGGACACAGUGUCCAGAACUAGAGAAGGAUUCAUGACGUCACAAGAACAAGUACACAUAACUCAUGAAAAGAUGAGAAAGGAAACUGAGAAAAGAGCUCUUGCUUCAGUAGCAGUGGCCACUGCGAAAUCCAAAGAGCAAGAAUCAUUUAUGAGAACUAGAGAAGUGGCUACUAAACGUGAACAAAUCCAAGUUUCUCAUGAAAAGAUGACAAAGGAAGCUGAGAAAAUUGCUAAGCCUUCUGCAAUAACUACCACAAGAACCAAAGAAGAUACAAUAUCAAGAACUAGAGAAGGAAUUGCCAGCAGACAAGAACAAAUACAUUUAAUGCAUGAAAAGGUUGGAGCUGGAAAAAAGGCAGAAGCCGUAGCCACCGUUGUGGCUGCCGUGGAUCAUGCACGGAUCAGAGAGCCCAGAGAGUCAGUCCACACGGAAGACUCUCACGCUCAAAAAACUACUUUGGAAUAUGGCUACAAGGAGCACGUUUCCGCAACAAAAGUCAUCGAGCAUCCUCGGCGCCCAGCAUCCGAACCACAAGUUGUCCCUAAAGCAGUCAAACCGGCAGUAAUCCAGGUUCCUUCUGAGCCUCACGUUUCUGCCGCCGAGCAAGCGGGAAUGCAGAUUUCCUCCCAGGUCAAGAGGACGUCGGACCUGAUGACUGAAAGAUUGGUCCACGUGGAACAUACACGCCCCCGCACGGCGAGCCCGCAUUUCACAGUGUCAAAAAUUUCCGUCCCUAAAACGGAACAUGGCUAUGAGGUUUCCAUAGCAGGCACCGCCAUUGCUACUCUGCAAAAAGAGCUCUCUGCCACUUCUACUUCGACUCAGAAGAUUACAAAGCCCGUGAAGGCCCCUCUUGUAAAACCAGUCGACACGAGAAUACGGGCAGAGCCCAGCCCGUCCCCGCAGUUCCCCUUCGCCGACACCGCUGACACAUAUAAGAGUCACGCUGGAAUAGAGGUGAAAAAGGAACUCGGGGUGAGAUUCUCCCGUGAUUCAGUCCGUGAAGAACACUACACAGCAAGGCAGGAAAGAGAGCCCAAGGUUACAGAAAUGGCCAGAAUACCCGCACCGGCAGAAGCUCCAGUUACUCCACCAACUUUAGUCUCUGGCCUUAAGAAUGUGACCGUCAUGGAAGGUGAAUCCGUCACUUUGGAAUGCCAUAUCUCUGGACAUCCAUCCCCAACUGUGAUCUGGUACCGGGAAGAUUACCAAAUUGAGUGUUCCAUUGAUUUCCAAAUCACCUUCCAAAGCGGAGUUGCCCGUCUCAUGAUUCGCGAAGCCUUCGCUGAAGACAGCGGGAGAUUUACUUGCACUGCUGUGAACGAAGCUGGAACUGUCAGCACUUCAUGCUACUUAGCUGUACAGGUAUCCGAAGAAUUUGAGAGCAGGGAGACAGCCGCCUUUGCCGAGAAGGUCACUACGGAGGAGAAACGCUUCAUGGAGUCGAAAGAUGUGGUCAUGGUGGACACCAGCAUUACCGAUGAACCCACCGGACCCGGAGAGCCAGCCGCUCCUUUCUUUAUCAGGAAACCAGUGGUUCAGAAAUUAGUCGAAGGGGGAAGUGUUGUCUUCGAGUGUCAGAUCGGAGGAAACCCGAAACCCCAUGUCUACUGGAAAAAGGCUGGUGUUCCUCUCACCACUGGAUACAGAUAUAAAGUCAGUUACAACAAGCAGACUGGUGAGUGCAGACUGGUGAUUUCCAUGACUUUUGCCGACGAUGCUGGAGAAUACACCAUCGUUAUUCGGAACAAACAUGGCGAGACGUCUGCUUCGGCCUCCUUGCUCGAAGAAGCUGAUUAUGACCUGCUGAUGAGGUCCCAGCAGGAAACACUUUACCAGACUCAAGGGACUGCAUUUGUGCAAGAACCUCAAGUUGGAGAGAUGGCACCGGGAUUUUCGUACCCGGAAUAUGAAAAAGAAUACGAAAAAGAACAAGCACUUAUUAGGAAGAAAAUGGCAAAAGAUACUGUUUUGAUCCGAUCUUUUGUAGAGGAUCAGGAAUUCCAUAUCUCUUCCUUUGAAGAGAGACUCAUCAGAGAGAUCGAAUACAGAAUAAUCAAGACCACAUUAGAAGAACUCCUCGAAGAAGACGGAGAAGAGAGGAUGGCGGUUGAUGUUGCUGAAUCGGAAUCGGUUGAAGCGGGCUUUGACUUGAGAUUGAAAAAUUACAGGAUUUUUGAGGGAAAGAGUGCUACUUUCCAUUGCAAAAUGUCUGGCUAUCCAUUACCAAAGAUUGCGUGGUACAAAGAUGGCAAGCGCAUUCGGCCGGGAGAACGAUACCAAAUGGAAUUUCUGCCGGAUGGGAGGGCUACCUUGCGUUUACCAGUCGUGCUCCCAGAAGAUGAAGGAAUCUACACGGCAUUUGCCAGCAACGUCAAAGGCAAUGCUAUUUGUUCUGGAAAAUUGUACGUGGAGCCCGCGGCACCUUUUACAGCCCCGUCCUAUUUGCCGGCACCAGAACCCAUGACUAGAAUUCGAUCAAUUUCUCCUCGUUCCACCAGUCGUUCUCCCGCACGCAUGUCUCCGGCCCGCAUGUCUCCGGUCCGCUUGUCCCCCGCACGUAUGUCUCCGGCCCGUGUGUCUCCUGGACGGAGGCUGGAUGAAACAGAUGAGUCGCAGCUGGAGAGAUUGUACAAGCCCGUCUUCGUGCUGAAACCCACCUCCUUCAAAUGCGCAGAAGGGCAGACAGCAAGAUUUGACUUGAAAGUUGUCGGCCGACCUAUGCCGGAAACAUUCUGGUUUCAUAAUGGUGAACAAGUUGUUAAUGACUUUACCCAUAAGAUAGUCAUCAAAGAGGAUGGUACGCAGUCAUUAAUUAUCGUGCCUGCCAACCCGAGUGACUCUGGAGAGUGGGCUGUAAUUGCACAGAACAGGGCUGGAAAAUCUUCAAUCUCAAUGACUUUAACUGUGGAAGCUGUGGAACACCAAGUGAAGCCGGCGUUUGUGGAAAAACUGAAGAACGUGAAUGUAAAGGAAGGCUCUAGCCUUGAAAUGAAAGUCAGAGCUACGGGCAAUCCGAAUCCAGACAUUGUUUGGUUGAAAAACAGUGAUAUCAUUGUACCUCAUAAAUAUCCAAAGAUUAAAAUCGAAGGAACCAAGGGUGAAGCGGCCCUUAAGAUAGACUCGAUCGUCAGUCACGAUUCUGCGUGGUACACUGCGACUGCCAUCAAUAAGGCGGGACGUGACACCACCAGGUGUAAAGUGAACGUGGAAGUUGAAUUUGCCGAGCCCGAACCGGAGAGAAGAUUGAUCAUCCCACGGGGAACCUACAAAGCUAAGGAGAUCGCCGCCCCAGAACUGGAACCGCUCCAUCUGCGUUAUGGCCAAGAGCAGUGGGAAGAGGGAGACCUCUACGAUAAAGAGAAGCAACAGAAGCCCUUCUUUAAGAAAAAGCUCACGUCGCUGAGGCUCAAGCGUUUUGGGCCCGCCCACUUCGAAUGUCGACUCACCCCAAUCGGCGACCCGACCAUGGUGGUGGAAUGGCUCCACGACGGCAAGCCGCUGGAAGCCGCCAACAGGCUCCGCAUGAUCAACGAGUUUGGAUAUUGCAGCCUUGACUAUGGAGUUGCCUACAACAGGGACAGCGGAGUUAUCACUUGCAGAGCGAGUAACAAGUACGGGACCGAUCACACGUCCGCUACCCUCAUUGUUAAAGAUGAGAAAAGUCUCGUUGAAGAAUCUCAGCUGCCCGAAGGCAGGAAGGGACUGCAGCGGAUCGAAGAGCUGGAGAGGAUGGUCCACGAGGGGGCCCUGACUGGCGUGACGACAGAUCAGAAAGAGAAGCAAAAGCCAGACAUCGUUCUGUUCCCCGAGCCAGCCCGGGUUCUCGAGGGGGAAACGGCUCGGUUCCGUUGCCGGGUCACGGGCUACCCUCAGCCCAAAGUCAACUGGUAUCUCAACGGGCAGCUCAUCCGCAAGAGCAAGAGGUUUCGGGUCCGCUACGACGGCAUCUACUACCUGGACAUCGUAGACUGCAAAUCCUACGACACGGGAGAAGUCAAGGUCACGGCAGAAAAUCCCGAAGGCGUCAUGGAACAUAGAGUGAAACUGGAGAUUGAACAGAGGGAAGAUUUCCGAUCUGUCCUCCGGCGAGCCCCCGAACACAAGGCCGAAACCCAACUCCACGAAUCCGGGAAACUUCAGUUUGAGGUGCAGAAGGAAGACCGACCUGCUGAUACCAAGGAAUCCAAGGAAGUGGUGAAGCUGAAAAGGGCCGAGAGAAUCACCCACGAGAAGAUCUCUGAAGAGAGUGAAGAGCUGCGCAGUAAAUUUAAGAGGAGGACAGAGGAGGGCUACUAUGAAGCCAUCACCGCUGUGGAGCUCAAAUCUCGCAAAAAGGAUGAGUCGUACGAAGAAAUGCUGAAGAAGACGAAGGACGAACUCCUUCACUGGACCAAAGAAUUAACUGAGGAGGAAAAGAAAGCCCUUCUCGCUGAGGGACAGAUCACCAUUCCGACCUUUAAACCCGAAAGGAUCGAACUGAGUCCAAGUAUGGAAGCCCCCAAAAUCUUCGAGAGAAUUCAAAGCCAGACUGUAGGACAGGGUUCCGAUGCCCAUUUCCGAGUGAGGGUAGUGGGGAAACCAGACCCUGAGUGUGAAUGGUACAAAAAUGGAGUUAAGAUCGAACGUUCUGACCGCAUAUACUGGUACUGGCCUGAGGAUAACGUCUGCGAAUUAGUCAUCAGAGAUGUCACGGCGGACGACUCUGCUAGCAUCAUGGUGAAAGCUAUCAAUGUAGCUGGUGAAACCUCCAGCCACGCGUUCUUGCUUGUUCAAGCCAAACAGUUGGUCACUUUCACCCAGGAAUUACAAGAUGUGGUUGCUAAGGAAAAAGACACCAUGGCAACCUUUGAAUGUGAAACUUCAGAGCCAUUUGUCAAAGUGAAAUGGUUUAAGGACGGUGUGGAAAUUUCUUCUGGAGAUAAAUAUAGGAUGCACUCUGAUAGGAAGGUCCACUUCCUUUCUGUCCUGACAAUCGACAUGUCUGAUGCUGAAGAUUACAGCUGUGAACUUGUAGAGGAUGAAAAUAUCAGGACCACAGCCAAACUUAUUGUUGAAGGCGCUGUUGUUGAGUUUGUGAAAGAACUCGAGGAUCUAGAAGUGCCAGAGUCACUGUCGGGAGAACUAGAAUGCAUCGUUUCCCCUGAAAAUGUUGAAGGUAAAUGGUACCACGGUGAUGUAGAACUGCAUUCCAAUGGCAAGUAUACCAUAGUAUCUCGCCGUGGCCGUCAAAACCUCACCGUCAAGGAUGUUACCAAGGAAGACCAAGGGCAAUACAGCUUCGUGGUUGAUGGGAAAAAGACAAGCUGUCGUCUGAAGAUGAGACCCCGUCCCAUAGCGAUCCUGCAAGGCUUGAGCGAUCAAAAAGUCUGUGAAGGUGACAUUGUACAACUUGAAGUUAAAGUCUCCCUGGAGAACGUGGAAGGCAUCUGGAUGAAAGAUGGCCAGGAAGUGCAGCCCAGUGAUCGGGUUCACAUUGUGAUAGACAAGCAAUCACACAUGUUGCUCAUUGAGGACAUGACCAAGGAAGAUGCUGGAAAUUAUUCCUUCACCAUUCCUUCCCUUGGACUUUCGACGAAUGGACGGGUCUCCGUUUACAGUGUGAGCAUAGUGACGCCUCUCAAAGACGUGAACGUGAUUGAAGGCACGAAGGCGGUUCUGGAAUGUAAGGUUUCAGUCCCAGACGUGACUUCAGUUAAAUGGUACUUAAAUGAUGACCAAAUCAAGCCCGACGACCGCGUCCAAGACAUCGUCAAAGGAACCAAGCAACGGUUGGUACUCAACCGGACCCACGCCUCAGACGAAGGGCCUUACAAACUGAUUGUCGGGAAAGUUGAAACGAGCUGUAAUCUCACUGUGGAAAAAAUCAAAAUAGUCAAAGGUCUUCAUGACAGUACCUGCACUGAGACACAGAACGUGGUCCUUGAGGUCGAGCUUUCCCAUGCAGGGAUCGAUGUCCUAUGGAAUUUUAAGAACAAGGAGCUCAAGCCUAGUGAAAAAUAUAAAAUCGAAGCUCGUGGAAAAAUAUACAAAUUGACAGUCCUGAACAUGAUGAAGGAUGAUGAAGGAGAAUAUACAUUUUAUGCUGGUGAAAAUAUGACAUCUGGAAAACUGACAGUAGCAGGGGGUGCAAUCUCCAAGCCUCUGACAGACCAGACCGUGGCGGAGUCGCAGGAAGCCGUCUUCGAAUGUGAAGUGGCCAAUCCGGAUUCCUCAGGCGAAUGGCUGAAGGAGGGCAAACCCCUCACUAUGAGUAACAACAUCCGAAGUGAGAAAGAUGGACACAAAAGAAGGCUCAUCAUUGCCGUUACUAAAUUAGAUGACAUUGGAGAAUACACGUACAGAGUGGCUACCUCAAAAACAUCUGCUAAACUCAAAGUUGAAGCUGUCAAAAUCAAGAAGACCCUAAAGAACCUGACUGUGACAGAAACCCAAGAUGCUGUUUUCACUGUGGAACUCACUCACCCUGAUGUGAAAGGGGUUCAGUGGAUCAAGAAUGGAGUUGAGCUACAAUCCAAUGACAAAUAUGAAAUCUCCGUUAAGGGAACUUCUUACACCCUGAGAAUUAAAAACUGUGCUAUUGUGGAUGAGUCCGUUUAUGGCUUUAAGCUCGGAAGGUUAGGAGCCAGCGCAAGACUUCACGUUGAGACCGUGAAGAUCAUUAAAAAGCCUAAGGACGUGACUGCCCUGGAAAAUGCCACGGUGGCUUUUGAAGUCAGCGUCUCCCACGACACCGUACCAGUAAAGUGGUUCCACAAGAAUGUGGAGAUUAAGCCAAGCGAUAAACACAGGCUGGUUUCCGAAAGGAAAGUGCACAAGCUGAUGCUGCAAAACAUUGCCUCCGCCGAUGCUGGAGAAUACACUGCUGUAGUCGGGCAACUCGAAUGCAAGGCCAAGUUGUUUGUGGAGACUCUCCAUAUCACAAAGACCAUGAAGAGCAUCGAAGUGCCUGAGACCAAAACGGCCUCUUUUGAGUGUGAAGUGUCGCACUUCAACGUCCCUGCUAUGUGGCUGAAGAACGGGGUGGAGAUUGAAAUGAGUGAAAAGUUUAAAAUCGUGGUCCAAGGAAAGCUCCAUCAACUCAUUAUCAUGAAUACCAGCACGGAGGAUUCAGCGGAGUAUACUUUUGUCUGUGGAAAUGAUCAAGUCAGUGCCACCCUGACAGUGACACCAAUAUUAAUUACAUCUAUGCUGAAAGACAUCAAUGCAGAAGAAAAGGAUACAAUCACAUUCGAAGUAACUGUGAACCAUGAAGGCAUCACUUACAAAUGGCUGAAGAACGGGGUCGAGAUCAAGUCAACUGAUCGGUGCCAGAUGAGAACCAAGAAGCUCACCCACUCACUGAACAUAAGAAAUGUCCAUUUUGGAGAUGCCGCCCAGUACAGUUUUGUGGCUGGAAAAGCAGCCUCCACAGCUACCCUCUUUGUGGAAGCUCGUCACAUUGAAUUUAGGAAACAUAUUAAGGAUAUUAAGGUUGUGGAGAAGAAAAGAGCAGUGUUUGAAUGUGAAAUUUCUGAACCCGACAUCACCGUCCAGUGGAUGAAAGAUGGGCAGGAGCUGCAGGUUACUGACAGAAUGAAGAUCCAGAAGGAGAAAUAUGUUCAUCGUCUCCUUAUCACUUCGACACGCAUGUCAGAUGCUGGGCAGUACUCGGUAGUGGCAGGAGGAAACAUGUCCACUGCUAAUCUCUUUGUGGAAGGCCGUGAUGUUCGCAUAAGAAGUAUCCGUAAGGAUGUUCAGGUCAUUGAAAAACAGCGUGCUGUAGUGGAAUUUGAAGUCAAUGAAGAAGAUGUUGAUGCCCGCUGGUACAAGGAUGGCAUUGAGAUCAAUUUCCAGAUUCAGGAACGUUACCAGUAUGUUGUGGAAAGAAGAAUCCAUAGAAUGUGCAUCACUGAGACCAGACAAAGUGAUGCUGGAGAAUUCACCUUUGUAGCAGGGAAAAACAGGAGUUCCGUGACACUCCACGUCAAUGCUCCCGAGCCUCCCCAGAUCAUUCAGGAACUCCAGCCCAUCACGGUGGAGUCUGGCAAACCUGCCCGCUUCUGCGCGGUAGUCUCAGGCCUUCCCCAGCCCAAAAUCACCUGGUUCAAGGAAGAACAGCGGCUUUCCACCGGCUUCAAGUGCAAAUUUCUGCACGACGGGCAGGAGUACACCCUCCUGCUCAUCGAGUCUUUCCCGGAAGAUGCGGCCGUCUACACGUGUGAAGCCAGGAACGACUAUGGCGUCGCCGUUACCUCAGCCUCCCUUUCUGUGGAAGUUCCAGAAGUUGUCUCCCCUGAUCUGGAAAUGCCCAUUUAUCCUCCUGCCAUCAUUUCGCCACUUCGCGAUACUGUCACUUCCGAAGGACGGUCAGCUCGCUUCCAGUGCAGAGUUUCAGGAACAGAUCUGAAAGUCACUUGGUACAGCAGAAAUAAGGAGAUCAAGCCAUCUCGGUUCUUUAGAAUGACUCAAUUCGAAGACACGUACCAACUGGAAAUUGCUGAAGCUUAUCCCGAGGACGAAGGAAUAUACACGUUCGUUGCUAGUAAUGCUACAGGCCAAGUGUCCAGCACAGCUAACCUGAGACUGGAAGUGCAAGCCCUAGAUAGGCAAAGUUCUGGGAAAGAUGUAAGAGAAUCUACCAAGGCCCAGGCCCUAGCAGAAGUCUGUAACGAUCCCCCUUUCACAAAGGAGACAAAAAUGUACCAAAAAGAAAUUAAGUCACUUCAAGAAUCAUCGGGUGACUAUGAGGUGCAGGUUUUUGAAAGUGUUUCAGGAAGUUCCUCCGUGACAGCUUCGGCCGUGCGAGAGGUGACGCUGCAGCAAACGUCGUCCAUCUUGCGGCUUGCCAAGGGUAUCCAGGUAUCGGAGGCCGCUGCCGAAGAGGCAGGGGGUGGUUCUCCAGAGAUUCUCCUGAAACUCAGGGACCUGACUGUGAGGGCUGGAGACACUGCUCAGUUCACCUGCGUGGUAGGAGACGACACGGCAACGAACGUAACCUGGACUCACAACGGGGAGAGGAUCCAAGAAUCGGAGAGAGUGAAGCAGUCCCAAGAUGGCAGGGUUCUGCUUCUCGCUAUUCACAGUGCUCACCUGACGGACCAGGGAAGGUACAGCUGCACCGUGAGCAACGACUUCGGAGAGAAGAGCACCUCUGCGCUACUAACCGUGGAAGCUCUGGAAACAGUUCUGCAGGAGGAGAUCGAACAACAGAUUGAGAUGGAAGUGAAAGAAUUUUCUAGUUCUAUUGUUCCAUCUGCUGAGGAAGAAAGCACCGACCUCCAAUUAUCAGGCCAAGAUGUAACACCUGAACUUAUGUCUGAAGCUUCAGUUUAUUCCUCCAAAUUUGGUUCCAGUAGGGAAGGCAGUGCUCCCAUGUUCAUCAGACAGGUUUCUGACACUGAAAUAAGUUUAGGAGAUGUAGCCAAACUUUCGGUGACUGUCACUGGCAUCCCAAAACCUAAAAUCCAGUGGUUCUGUAAUGGAGUCCAGUUGACAUCUUCUACAGACUACAAAUUUGUAUUUGAUGGUAAUGAUUAUAGCCUGAUCAUUCUGUAUGCAAAAUCUGAAGAUGAGGGAGAGUAUACUUGCAUUGCCAGUAAUGAAUAUGGCAAGAUUGCGUGCAGUGCCUGUCUAAAGAUAACUCACAAAGAGGUAGGGGGGGAAUGCGGAGAAAGAGUGGGGGAACCAGAAAUAGGGGGACUUAUGGAAAAGAGGGGCGGACCUUCUCCUCCUGUCUUCAUAAAGAAGCUCAAACCUAUUCAGUGUGCUCAAGGGGUUCCUGCUAUCUUCGACUACACAGUCACUGGUGAACCAAUUCCCGAAAUUCAGUGGUUUAAGGGAAAUGACCAGCUUUGUACAAAUAUAUAUUAUACCAUCAUUCAGCAUUCGGAUGGUGCAGGCUCAUUAAUUGUAAACAAUCCUCAAAGUAAAGAUGCUGGCCUAUAUAUCUGUAAAGCAGUAAAUACUUGGGGUGAAUCCAUCUGUAAGGCAGAAUUGCUUGUGUUUCAGGAAGGGCUUGAUUCCUCGCCCCAAGGAAAAACAAGUCAAGCCUUUCUUGCAGAGCCCUGCACCCCUGAAAUGGAUUCCCUCCAAAUGUUACUAACGGGACAUGAUGUCGAGGCAAUUUCCUCAGAGCAAGAGAUCACAUCCUACAUACAGGACACCAUUUCGAAUGCCACCUUGAUCAUCGAAGAUCAAGCAACCUUGGGGAAAAGCCCAACCUUGCUGGAAUCUAUGGUCACGGAAGAGCAAAAGGUCCUAUCUUCGGAAGUUUCCCUUGAAUUUCCUGCCAUUGAUGAGGUGAGGUCUAGCCAGUUGACCAAAGAACCCUCUCCCCUACUGCAGUCUCAGGUGAUGCAGACAGAGAUAACACUCCCAAAAGAAGACAUUCUGUCUCUUCAUAAACCUCCAUCCCAAGCUGCCUCAUCUAGUACUGAGAAAGUGUUUCAGAGGGCUGUGAGCACAGAAGAAAAUGGCACAUUGCUGGCUGAACAACUUGUCGUCUUGCCAGCCACCACAGAAGGGGAAUUUCUAAGAUCUACAACUGAACCACAAGUGCAGGUCCAUUCCAGCCAAGUGACUGAAGAGAUUCCUCUUCCAAAAGAAGAGGAGAUAGCUGCCUCAGAGAAAAAACAAAGAGCGUCUCUUCAGAAAGAAGAGCACCAAAUGGUCUUGCAGUUACCCUUUUUAACGGGAAAUCAAAACUUAGUAGAGGGACCAGUGGAACCUUUUCAGGAAACAGAGAUCUUGGCUUUUGAGGUGAAACAUGAACCCCAAUUUCCCUCAGGACCAGUACACACAGAACAAAAAGGCGUUCUGGUAGAGAGCACAGAUCGACUGGAAGCUGCAGAGCAAGAUUUUGCAGUAAGGAUUCAGGAAGGGCAGUCGGUAAGGAUUCCUCUAGCACUAGAGGAACAGCAAGUACUCGGGGGAGAGCAUGCUGAUGACAUGACAGCUUCAGAAAUGAAAGUGACACAAGCUGUAAAGCAACCCAAGGAAGCUAAGAAUGUUCACGAAGUACAGGAAAAUGGUAUUCUUGAUAAGGAAAAGCAGUUGGCCCCUGACAUUCCCGAACAAGUCCACUUAGACAUAAAGACACAGAUCCGAAGAGCCCUAAAAGUCGCUGUGGCAAGAGAACAACCCAUCCUCUUUUCUGAAUGGCUGAGGGACAUUGAGAAAGUUGAAGUCAAGACUGUAAAAGUUACUAAAGAACCUAAGUUCGUAAUGUGCACGUAUCUCAUUACCACUUCAGGAGGUUCAAGUAUCCAAGAAUUCACCAUCACCCUUGAGGGUAUCAUUCCUCAGACAGCUAAUUUGAAGACACAGCUUAAAGAUGCCUUGUGGUCCAUUGUUUGUGAGGAAAAACAUGUGCUAAUUGCAGAACAACCCAGGAUAAGUGAAGGGGUUGGUUCCUGUUCAGAUUUAAUAGAACCGGAAAAGGUUGAAAUCAUCACCGAACCAGAAUUUCAGUCCGGAAACCUUGUCUCAGAUCAAGAAGUCCACUGUGUUAGUGUGGAAAGUCAGGUUAGGGAUAGAGGUGCCACAUCAGGGAUUCUUUCUGGAUCCCUCCCAGUUGAAAAACCACAGGAGAUUGUGAAAAUGAUUGAGAAAAAAGAGUCGAGGUUUGAAAAAGAUACCGAGGACAGUGCCACAGCCCCAAAAUCAGAGAACUGGUCAGCUAACAGGGAUUGUCCUAUCAUACACAGGCAUUUGGUAGACACUGUUGCUGAGGAAGAUGAUAGUGUAAAACUUUCAACUGUAAUACUGAAUGCCAAAGAGGUAAAUUGGUAUUUUGAGAAUAAACUGUUGUCUUCAGACAAAAUGUUCAAGUGUUUACAAGAUGAUAAAACCUAUACACUAGAAAUCAACAAAGUGAACCAGGAGGUGCAUCAAGGAGAUUAUACCUGUGAGGCACAGAAUGAUGAUGGAAAAACAUCAACUUCCGCAAAACUCACAAUAGUUAAAAGAGCUGCCCCGGUAAUCAAGAGGAGAAUCGAGUCUCUGGAAGUCGCACUGGGCCAUCUGGCUAAAUUCACUUGUGAGAUAGAGAGCGCGCCCAAUGUUCGAUUCCAGUGGUUCAAAGCUGGACGCGAAAUUUACGAGACUGACAAAUGUUCACUACAGACCACAAACUACACAUCCACUCUGCAGAUCCUGAGAACUCAAGUAGUUGACUGUGGGGAAUACAGCUGUAAAGCCUCAAAUGAGUAUGGAAGUGUAAGCUGCACAGCUACCUUAACGGUGACUGCACCUGGAGCUGAAAAGAAACCACGCAAAUUACUGCCUGAACCACCACCUAAACCAAAAGAAGAAGUUGUUCUGAAAAGGGUUCUGAGAAAGACCCCUGAAGAAGAAGAACCUAAAGUAGAACCUAAAAAAGUAGAAAAGAUUAAAAAACCUACAGUAACAGAACCACCAAAGGUCGUGGAUGAAGUUGAAGCACCGCCUGCGGCUGUUCCGAAGAAAGUGGAAAGGAGAGAAAUUCCCCAGCGAGAAAAAGUGGCUGAAAUUAAACCAGCAAUCCCUCUUCCUGCACCUGAACUUAAACCUGUGCCAGAAGUAGAAACGGUUCAAGUAGCUGUGGAACCAGCACCAGUACCUGCACCAGCACCUGCCCCAGCGACCAAACCAGUGGUUGGAAAGAAAGCAGAAGCCAAACCACCCAAAGAGGAACCUGCCAAGCCUAAAGGUCCUAUUAAAGGUGUAGCCAAAAAGACUCCUUCCCCAGCAGAGGCUGAAAAGAAAAGAUUAAGGCCAGGGAGUGGUGGAGAGAAGCCUCCCGAUGAUGCUCCUUUUACCUACCAGCUGAAAGCCGUACCCCUGAAGUUUGUGAAAGAAAUCAAGGACAUUGUGUUGACAGAAGCCGAAUCAAUCGGUUCAUCGGCCAUCUUUGAAUGUCUCGUCUCCCCCUCCACUGCCAUUACAGGUUGGAUGAAGGAUGGAAGCAAUAUCCGAGAAAGUCCAAAGCACAGGUUCAUUGCAGAUGGAAAAGACAGAAAGCUGCAUAUCAUUGAUGUACAACUUUCAGAUGCCGGCGAAUACACUUGCGUAUUAAAAUUGGGAAAUAAAGAAAAGACCUCCACGGCCAAACUUGUCGUUGAAGAACUUCCAGUACGCUUUGUACAGACCCUUGAGGAAGAAGUCACAGUGGUUAAAGGGCAGCCUUUAUACUUGAACUGUGAAUUGAACAAAGAACGAGAUGUGGUCUGGAGGAAGGAUGGAAAAAUUAUUGUGGAGCAAGCCAACAAAAUUGUGCCAGGAGUUAUUGGUUUACUGAGGACCCUCACGAUCAACGAUUCAGAUGACUUUGAUGCUGGGACUUACACUGUAACUGUAGAAAAUGCCAACAAUCUCCAGUGUUCAUCUUGUGUGAAAGUAGUAGAAGUCAUUAGAGAGUGGUUAGUGAAACCUAUCCGAGACCAGCACGUGAAACCCAAGGGCACAGCCAUCUUCACCUGUGAUGUAGCCAGAGAUACACCAAAUAUUAAAUGGUUUAGAGGCUAUGACGAAAUUCCUUUGGAACCAAAUGAUAAGACUGAGAUCUUAAGGGAUGGAAACCAUCUGUACCUCAAAAUUAAGAAUGCCACACCGGAAGACAUUGAUGAAUAUGCAGUGGAAGUUGAAGGCAAAAGAUAUACCGCAAAACUGACCCUUGGUGAUCGUGAAGUGGAGCUGCUUAAACCCCUGGAGGAUGUUACCGUGUAUGAGAAGGAAACCGCAUGUUUCGACUGUGAAAUCUCUGAGGAAGAUGUCCCUGGACAGUGGAAACUGAAAGGAGAACUUCUGAGGCCCUCACCUACUUGUGAAAUCAAAGCUGAAGGAGGAAAGCGUUUCCUCACUUUACACAAGGUCAAAUUGGACCAGGCUGGAGAGGUGCUCUACCAGGCUUUCAAUGCUUUUACGACAGCCAUUCUAACUGUGAAAGAGAUUGAACUUGACUUUGCUGUGCCUCUGAAGGAUGUCACUGUCCCUGAGAGGCGACAGGCUCGAUUUGAGUGUGCUCUCACCAGAGAGGCCAACGUUAUAUGGUCUAAAGGAACUGACAUCAUCAAAGCUUCUGACAAAUUUGACAUCAUUGCAGAUGGGAAGAAACACAUUCUCGUCAUCAAUAAUUCUCAGUUUGAUGAUGAAGGAGUCUAUACUGCUGAAGUUGAUGGGAAAAAGACCUCUGCCAGAUUAUUUGUUGAAGGGAUUAGACUGAAGUUCAUAUCACCUCUUGAAGAUCAAACAGUGAAAGAAGGGGGAACAGCUAUUUUUACCUGUGAGCUUUCUCAUGAAAAGAUGCUGUUGUCUUGGUAUAAAAAUGAUGUCAAACUCCACACAAGCAGAACAGUUCUCAUGUCCUCUGAGGGCAAGACCUACAAAUUAGAAAUGAGAGAAGUAACCCUGGAUGAUAUUUCUCAGAUAAAAGCCCAAGUCAAGGACCUGCAUUCUACUGCACAUCUGAAGGUCUUAGAGGCCGAUCCUUAUUUCACUGUGAAAUUACAUGACUACACCGGGGUUGAGAAAGAUGAAAUCAUCCUGAAGUGUGAAGUUAGCAAGGAUGUGCCAGUGAAAUGGUUCAAGGAUGGUGAGGAGAUUACACCAUCAGCCAAAUACUCCAUCAAGACUGAUGGCCUGCACCGCAUCUUAAAAAUCAAGAAAGCAGAACUCGGUGACAAAGGCGAAUACAUGUGCGACUGUGGGACAGAUAAGACACAAGCGAAAGUUGCCAUUGACGCCCGGCUGAUAAAAGUGGAAAAGCCUCUGUAUGGAGCCGAAGUGUUUGUCGGUGAAACGGCGCGCUUUGAAAUUGAACUUUCUGAACCUGAUGUUCAUGGCCAGUGGAAACUCAAAGGAGAACCUCUAACUGCUUCACCUGACUGUGAAAUCAUUGAAGAUGGCAAGAAACACAUUCUGAUCCUUUACAACUGCCAACUGGACAUGACAGGAGAAGUUUCCUUCCAGGCUGCGAAUGCUAAAUCUGCUGCUAAUCUUAAAGUGAAAGAACUCCCACUAAUCAUCAUCACACCGCUCAGUGACGUGAAGGUCUUUGAGAAGGAUGAGGCCAAGUUUGAAUGUGAAGUGUCCAGGGAACCCAAAACAUUCCGCUGGCUGAAAGGCACCCAGGAGAUCGCAAGUGAUGACAAAUUUGAGCUCAUCCAGGAGGGGACCCGGCAUUCGUUGGUGAUCAAGUCAGCUGGCUAUGAGGAUGAGGCGAAAUACAUGUUUGAAGCUGAAGACAAGCGAACCAGUGGCAAACUGAUCAUUGAAGGAAUUCGUCUGAAAUUUCUCACCCCUCUGACGGAUGUGACAGCAAAAGAACGGGAAAGUGCAGUGUUCACUGUAGAACUCUCUCAUGACAAUAUCCACGUUAAGUGGUUCAAAAAUGACCAGCGACUUCACACCAGCAAACGAGUUUCAAUGCAGGGUGAAGGCAAAAUCCACUCCAUCACGUUGAAAGACCUCUCUAUUGAUGACACAUCUCAAAUUAGAGUGGAAGCUAUGGGGAUGAGUUCUGAAGCUAAACUCACUGUAAUUGAGGGAGAUCCCUACUUUACUGGAAAGCUUCAAGACUAUACCGGUGUGGAGAAAGAUGAAGUCACUUUACAAUGUGAGAUUAGCAAACCAGAUGCCCCGGUGAAAUGGUUUAAAGAUGGGAAGGAAAUAACCCCAUCUAAAGACGUCAUCAUCAAGGCAGAUGGCAAAAAGCGGAUGUUGAUCCUAAAGAAACCCUUGAAAUCAGACAUAGGUCAAUACACUUGUGAUUGUGGGACUGACCAGACAUCUGCCAAACUAAAUAUUGAAGAUCGGGAAAUUAAACUUGUUCGCCGGCUGAACAGCGUGGAGGUGACAGAGACCGAAACUGCUCGCUUUGAGACUGAGAUCUCUGAGGAAGAUAUCCAUGCCAACUGGAAACUGAAAGGAGAGGCCCUACACGAAACACCUGAAUGUGAAAUUAAGGAGGAAGGCAAACUGCACUUCCUUAUACUUCAUAAUUGUCGCCUGGAUCAAGCAGGUGGGGUGGACUUCCAAGCAGCCAAUGUCAAAACUAGCGCUCAUCUUCGAGUUAAACCACGAGUGAUUGGACUUUUGAGACCCCUCAAGGAUGUAACAGUGACUGCAGGUGAAACAGCAACCUUCGAUUGCGAGCUCUCUUAUGAAGAUAUUCCAGUGGAGUGGUUCCUAAAGGGAAAGAAAUUAGAGCCCAGCGAAACGGUGGUCCCACGUUCAGAAGGAAAAGUUCAUACACUCACCCUGAGAAAUGUGAAGUUAGAAGAUGCUGGAGAAGUCCAACUAACUGCAAAAGACUUCAAAACUCAAGCCAAACUCUUUGUUAAAGAACCCCCAGUUGAAUUCACUAAACCUCUUGAGGACCAGACGGUCGAAGAGGAAGCCACAGCAGUACUGGAGUGUGAGGUAUCCAGAGAAAAUGCCAAAGUGAAAUGGUUCAAAAAUGGAACCGAAAUCCUCAAAAAUAAGAAGUAUGAUAUUGUUGCUGAUGGUAAAGUCAGAAAACUUAUUAUCCAUGGCUGUACGCCAGAAGAUAUUAAAACUUACACCUGUGAUGCUAAAGAUUUCAAGACUUCCUGUAACCUCAAUGUAGUGCCUCCUCAUGUUGAGUUCUUGAGGCCUCUCACUGACCUCCAAGUAAAAGAAAAAGAAAUCGCUCGGUUCGAAUGUGAACUUUCCCGAGAGAAUGCCAAGGUGCAGUGGUUUAGAGAUGGUGCAGAAAUUAAAAAGGGUAAAAAGUACGACAUCAUUUCUAAAGGUGCCGUGCGCAUCCUAGUCAUCAGCAAAUGUCUGCUGGAUGAUGAGGCAGAAUAUUCCUGUGAAGUAAGAACAGCUCGAACCUCAGGCAUGCUGACAGUGCUGGAGGAAGAGGCUGUCUUUACCAAAAAUCUUGCUAACCUUGAAGUAAGUGAAACAGAUACUGUGAAGUUCAUUUGUGAAGUCUCCAAGCCUGGUGCAGAAGUCACGUGGUAUAAAGGGGAUGAAGAGAUCAUUGAGACGGGUCGAUAUGAGAUCCUUUCCGAUGGCCGGAAGAGGAUUCUGGUGAUACAGAACGCACAACUGGAGGAUGCUGGCAGUUUCAACUGCAGGCUCCCAAGCUCUCGCACCGAUGGCAAACUCAAAGUGCAUGAGCUGGCUGCUGAAUUCAUAUCUAAACCACAAAACCUUGAAGUGCUUGAGGGAGAAAAAGCCGAAUUUUCCUGUACCAUAUCAAAGGAAACCUUUGAGGUUCAAUGGAAAAGGGACAAUGAGACGCUUGAAUCUGGUGAUAAAUAUGACAUCAUUGCCGACGGUAAAAAGAGAACAUUAGUCGUUAAGGAUUCUACACUACAGGACAUGGGAACUUACGUUGUUAUGGUUGGUGCAGCUAGAGCAGCUGCCCAUUUGACAGUAAUUGAAAAACUCCGGAUCGUCGUUCCUCUGAAAGACAAGCGUGUUAAGGAAGAACAGGAAGUCCUUUUCCAUUGUGAAGUCAACACAGAAGGAGCUAAAGCUAAAUGGUUCCGAAAUGACGAAGCCAUAUUUGACAGCUCAAAGUAUAUAAUAGUCCAAAAAGAUUUAACCUACACCCUAAGAAUUAGAAAUGCCCGCCUGGAUGAUCAGGCCACCUAUUCAGUGUCACUGACAAACCAGAGAGGGGAAAAUGUCAAGAGCGCAGCUGAAUUAAUAGUAGAAGAGGAAGACCUCAGGAUUAUUGAACCUCUUCAAGAUAUCGAAACGAUGGAGAAGAAGACUGUCACUUUCUGGUGCAAGGUGAAUCGACUCAACGUAACACUGAAGUGGACCAAAAAUGGCGAGGAAGUGCCUUUGGACAAACGGAUUUUAUACAGAGUGGAUAAAUAUAAGCACUCUCUGAUUAUUAAAGACUGUGGAUUCAUGGAUGAAGGUGAAUACACUGUCACUGCUGGACAAGACAAAUCUGUGGCACAACUCCUGAUUGUAGAGGCACCUACAGAAUUUGUUGAGCCCUUGGAGGAUCAGACGGUCACUGAGUUUGAUGAUGCUGUCUUCUCAUGCCAGCUUUCCAGAGAGAAAGCAAAUGUAAAAUGGUACCGAAAUGGACGAGAAAUCAAAGAGGGCAAAAAAUAUGCAUUUGAAAAAGAUGGUGCUAUGCACAGACUGAUCAUAAAAGACUGCAGACUGGAUGAUGAGUGUGAAUAUGCUUGUGGUGUAGAAGACAGGAGAUCUAGGGCUAGACUUUUUGUUGAAGAAAUCCCGGUGGAAAUCAUCCGACCACCCCAAGAUAUUCUCGAAGCUCCCGGUGCUGACGUUGUCUUUUUUGCUGAGCUAAAUAAAGACAAGGUAGAGGUCCAGUGGCUGAGAAAUAACAUGAUUAUAGUCCAAGGUGAUAAGUACCAGAUGAUGAGUGAAGGAAAGAUUCACAGGCUACAGAUAUGUGAUAUCAAACCACGUGACCAAGGUGAAUACAGAUUCAUUGCCAAAGAUAAAGAAGCUAGAGCUAAACUGGAGCUGGCAGCGGCCCCUAAAAUCAAGACUGCUGAUCAGGACCUCGUGGUGGACGUCGGACAACCUUUGACAAUGGUUGUUCCAUAUGAUGCUUACCCAAAAGCAGAAGCUGAGUGGUUUAAGGCGAAUGAGGUUUUACCUUCUACAACAGUGGACACCACAGCGGAACAAACUUCCUUUAGAAUUCUUGAAGCCAAGAAAUCAGACAAAGGGAGGUACAAAGUCGUAUUACAAAACAAACACGGGAAAGCAGAGGCCUUCAUCAAUGUAGACGUUAUUGAUGUUCCAGGACCAGUUCGUAAUUUAGAAGUGACAGAAACUUUCGACGGAGAAGUUGGCCUGGCUUGGGAAGAGCCAUUAACUGACGGUGGGAGUAAAAUUAUUGGUUAUGUGGUGGAAAGACGGGACAUCAAGCGGAAGACCUGGGUAUUGGCCACUGACCGGGCAGAGAGCUGUGAAUUUACCGUGACUGGACUACAGAAAGGUGGAGUCGAAUACCUUUUCCGUGUUAGUGCGAGGAACAGAGUUGGGACUGGUGAGCCAGUAGAAACAGAUAAUCCCGUAGAAGCAAGAAGCAAAUAUGAUGUUCCAGGCCCUCCACUGAAUGUAGCCAUCACUGAUGUAAACAGGUUUGGAGUUUCACUUACCUGGGAGCCACCUGAAUAUGACGGAGGCUCUCCAAUUACAGCCUAUGUCAUUGAGUUGCGCGACAAAACUUCCAUCAGAUGGGAUACUGCUAUGACAACAAGAGCCGAAGACCUGUCCGCGACUGUUACUGAUGUCGUAGAAGGAAAUGAGUACAGUUUCCGAAUCAGAGCACAAAACAGAAUUGGAGUUGGAAAACCAAGUGCAGCCACACCAUUCGUGAAAGUCUGUGACCCAAUGGAGAGACCAAGUCCUCCCAUCAAUCUCAAUUAUUCAGACCAGACUCAGUCCUCUGUUCAGCUUACUUGGGAACCUCCCUUGAAAGAUGGCGGAAGUCCAAUCCUGGGGUAUAUUGUUGAAUAUUGUGAAGAGGGAAAAGAUGAUUGGAUCCGUUGCAACAAGAAACUUGUUCCCAAACUUACUUACAAGGUUCCUGGAUUAAAACAAGGAAAUAAAUAUAUGUACCGGGUCUCUGCAGAAAAUGAAGCUGGUAUAUCAGACCCAACGGAUGUUCUUGGACCACUACUGGCCGAUGACUCCUUUAGUGAACCAACCAUGGAUCUAAGUGAAUUCAAGGAUGGCCUGGAAGUCAUCGUUCCAAACCCGAUCAAGAUCCUGGUUCCAAGCACUGGCUACCCCAGGCCCAAGGCCACCUGGUCUUUUGGUGAUCAAGUCUUGGAAGCCAGUGACCGUGUGAAAAUGAAGACCUUAUCUGCCUAUGCAGAACUUGUCAUCACUCCAAGUGAACGACCGGAUAAGGGCAUCUAUACAUUACAAUUAGAAAAUCCCGUGGCAGCAAUUUCUGGAGAAAUCAGUGUUAAUGUCAUCGCUCGACCUAGUGCACCAAAGGAACUGAAAUUCGGAGAUAUCACCAGGGACUCGGUACAUUUGACCUGGGAACCACCAGAUGAUGAUGGAGGAAGUCCGCUGACUGGAUAUGUCAUAGAAAAACGAGAAGUCAGCCGUAAAACAUGGACCAAAGUUAUGGACUUGGUAACUGACCAAGAAUUCACAGUUCCUGAUCUCAUUCAAGGAAAAGAAUAUCUAUUUAAAGUCUGUGCCCGCAACAAAUGCGGCCCUGGGGAACCUGCUUAUACUGACGAACCUGUAAAUAUGUCAGCUCCAGCAACUGUUCCUGAUCCACCAGAGAAUGUCAAGUGGAGAGAUCGAACGGCAAAGAGCAUCUUCCUAACAUGGGAACCGCCAAAAUACGAUGGAGGGUCUCGCAUCAAAGGCUAUAUAGUGGAAAAAUGUCCACGGGGUUCUGAUAAAUGGGUAGCCUGCGGAGAACCGGUGGCUGAAACCAAAAUGGAAGUGACAGGUCUUGAAGAAGGCAAGUGGUAUGCCUAUCGUGUGAAGGCUUUGAACAGGCUAGGAGCUAGCAAACCAAGCAAGCCGACGGAUGAAAUUCAGGCGGUGGACACAAAGGAGGCUCCAGAAAUUUUCCUAGAUGUGAAGUUGCUGGCUGGCCUCACUGUAAAAGCUGGAACUAAAAUUGAACUUCCUGCCACCGUGACUGGAAAACCCGAGCCCAAGAUCACCUGGACGAAGGCCGAUGUCAUUCUGAAACCGGACAAAAGGCUCACCAUCGAAUCUGCUCCCAACAAAUCCACCGUGACUAUCGUCGACAGCAAGAGGAGUGACACAGGCACCUACAUCAUCGAGGCUGUGAAUACCAGUGGACGAGCUACUGCUGUGGUGGAGGUCAAUGUGCUCGAUAAACCAGGGCCUCCUGCAGCAUUUGAUAUCUCAGAAAUUACCAACGAAUCCUGUAUGCUCACAUGGAACCCUCCCCGGGAUGACGGUGGGUCUAAGAUCACAAACUACGUUCUGGAAAGAAGAGCAACCGACAGUGAAGUUUGGCACAAGUUAUCGUCCACUAUCAAAGACACGAAAUACAAGGCUACCAAAUUAACACCAAACAAAGAGUAUAUCUUCAGAGUUGCUGCGGAAAAUAUGUAUGGGGUCGGGGAACCAGUGCAAGCGAGCCCAAUAAUUGCCAAAUUUUCUUUUGAUCCACCGGGACCUCCUACAAAACUUGAACCUACUGACAUAACCAAAGAUUCAGUAACUCUAACAUGGUGUGAGCCAGAUGACGACGGUGGAAGCCCAAUCACUGGAUAUUGGGUUGAAAGAUUAGAUCCUGAAACUGAUAAAUGGGUCAAGUGCAAUAAGAUGCCAGUGAAGGAUACGACUUACAAAGUGAAAGGUCUCACCAAUAAAAAGAAGUACAAAUUCCGAGUAUUGGCAGAAAACCUUGCUGGACCUGGAAAACCCAGCAGAGCAACAGAACCCAUCUUAGUCAAGGAUCCAAUUGAUCCUCCAUGGCCCCCUGGCAAACCGACUGUAAAAGAUGUUGGCAAGACAUCAUUGUUCUUGAAUUGGACCAAGCCAGAGCACGACGGUGGGGCAAAGAUUGAAUCGUACGUCAUUGAACUGCUAAAAACUGGAACAGAUGACUGGGUGAGAGUGGCUGAAGGUGUCCCCAGUACCGAACACUUCCUCAAAGGCCUCAUGGAAAGGCAAGAGUACUCCUUCCGGGUUAGAGCCGUGAACAAGGCUGGGGAGAGCGAACCUAGUGAACCGAGUGAUCCAGUGCUUUGCAAAGAGAGACUGUUUCCUCCAUCACCCCCUCGCUGGCUUGAGGUCAUUAACAUCACUAAGAACACAGCGGACCUCAAAUGGACGGUUCCCGAGAAAGACGGGGGCUCCCCUAUCACCAACUACAUUGUGGAGAAGAGAGAUGUGAGGCGCAAAGGCUGGCAAACAGUCGAUACAACCGUUAAAGAUACCAAAUGCACCGUGACCCCCUUGACCGAAGGUGCUCUGUAUGUAUUCCGGGUUGCUGCCGAAAAUGCCAUUGGACAGAGCGAUUAUUGUGAAAUCGGUGACUCGGUCCUUGCUAAAGAUACCUUCACUACCCCUGGACCACCCUAUGCCUUGGCAGUGGUUGAUGUGACUAAAAGACAUGUUGACCUGAAGUGGGAGCCACCUAAAAAUGACGGUGGAAGACCGAUUCAGAGAUAUGUUAUUGAGAAGAAAGAAAAACUGGGCACCCGCUGGGUGAAAGCCGGAAAGACGUCGGGACCUGAUUGUCAUUUCAGAGUAACUGAUGUAAUUGAAGGAACAGAGGUCCAGUUCCAGGUCCGGGCAGAAAAUGAAGCUGGAGUUGGCCAUCCCAGUGAACCCACCGAAAUCCUUGCAAUUGAAAAUCCAACCAGUCCUCCUUCACCACCUCUUGACUUACACGUGACGGAUGCGGGACGGAAACACAUUGCCAUUGCUUGGAAACCACCAGAGAAAAAUGGCGGUAGCCCUAUCAUAGGCUACCAUAUUGAAAUGUGCCCAGCAGGCACUGAAAAGUGGAUGCGGGUAAAUUCUCGUCCAGUGAAAGAUUUGAAAUUCAAAGUCGAAGAAGGCAUCGUUCCUGACAAGGAGUAUGUCCUGAGAGUGAGAGCUGUCAAUGCUGUUGGAGUCAGUGAGCCAUCAGAAAUUUCCGAGAAUGUUGUUGCCAAAGACCCAGACUGCAAGCCAACGAUUGAUCUGGAGACUCAUGAUAUCAUUGUAAUUGAAGGUGAAAAAUUAAAUAUCCCUGUUCCCUUCAGAGCUGUCCCAUCACCAACUGUUUCUUGGCAUAAAGAUGGUAAAGAACUUAAGGCAAAUGACAGAAUAACAAUGAAGAGCGAGUACACCUCUGCACUCCUCGAAGUGGCCAAGAGCGUCCAUGCCGAUGCUGGCGUUUACACCAUUACCCUGGAAAACAAGCUUGGAUCAGCAACAGGCUCAAUCAACGUCAAAGUCAUAGGUUUACCUGGCCCAUGCAAAGAUAUUAAAGCAAGUGAAAUAACGAAAAGUUCAUGCAAGUUAACCUGGGAACCUCCAGAAUAUGACGGUGGCACGCCAAUUCUUCAUUACGUUCUGGAACGUAGAGAAGCUGGUAGGAGAACGUACAUUCCAGUGAUGUCUGGAGAGAAUAAGCUGUCAUGGAAUGUGAAGGAUCUUAUACCGAAUGGUGAAUACUUCUUCCGCGUUAAGGCCGUAAACAAAAUUGGUGGUGGCGAAUACAUUGAACUGAAAAAUCCGGUCAUUGCCCAGGAUCCAAAGCAGCCCCCGGAUCCACCCGUUGAUCUUGAGGUCCAUAAUCCGACAGCAAAAUCAAUGACACUUACGUGGAAACCACCUCUGUACGAUGGAGGAAGCAAGAUAAUGGGUUAUAUCAUAGAAAAGAUAGCUAAAGGCGAAGACAAAUGGAAGAGAUGCAAUGACUUUUUGGUCCCUAUUUUAACCUACACAGUAAAAGGGCUCGAAGAAGGAAAGGAGUAUCAGUUCCGGGCCAGGGCAGAAAAUGCUGCGGGUAUAAGCGAGCCUUCUCGGGUCACUCCUCCAACAAAAGCUGCGGAUCCUAUAGAUGCUCCAAAGGUCAUCAUGAGGACUAGCCUUGAGGUGAGGAGAGGUGAUGCGAUCAUACUUGAAGCAACAGUUUCAGGGUCUCCCUACCCAACUAUUACCUGGCUAAAGGAUGAAAAUGUGAUCACACCAGAAGAGAUAAAGAAGAGACCCCCAACAGUUGUCAGGAAGAAAAAGGGUGAAGUCCAAGAAGAAGAACCAUUCCACCUCUCUCUGCCAGAACGUUUGAGCAUUGAUAACAGUAAACAAGGGGAAUCCCAGCUACAUAUUCGAGACUCGAUCCGGCCCGAUCAUGGCAUGUUCAUGAUUAAAGUGGAAAAUGACCAUGGUGUUGCCAAGGCUCCUUGUGCAGUCAGUGUGUUAGAUACCCCUGGGCCUCCGAUCAACUUCGUAUUUGAAGAUGUGCGGAAGAAUUCCGUCAUCUGUAAAUGGGAACCACCGCUAGAUGAUGGUGGCAGUGAAAUCAUCAACUAUACUUUGGAAAAGAAGGACAAAACCAAAUCAGACACAGACUGGGUUGUUGUCACAUCAACCCUCAGGCACUGCAAAUACUCUGUGCCAAAGCUGAUCGAAGGGAAGGAGUACCUGUUCCGUGUGAAAGCUGAAAACAGAUUUGGACCGGGGCCACCGUGUGUUUCCAAGCCGCUUUUAGCUAAAGAUCCAUUUGAACCACCCGAUGCCCCCGAUAAGCCCUUAGUGGAAGAUGUGACCAGCAACAGCAUGCUGGUUAAAUGGAAUGAACCUAAGGACAAUGGAAGCCCAAUAUUGGGCUACUGGCUUGAAAAGCGUGAGGUUAAUAGCACCCAUUGGUCUCGAGUCAACAGAACCCUUGUGAAUUCUUUGAAAACUAAAGUGGACGGUCUUUUGGAAGGACUCACCUACGUCUUCAGAGUAUGUGCUGAAAAUGCAGCUGGCCCUGGGAAGUUCAGCCCACCUUCUGAUCCCAAAACCGCACAGGAUCCGAUCUCGCCACCUGGACCUCCAAUCCCAAGAGUGGCUGACACGAGCACAACAACAAUCGAAUUGGAAUGGGAGCCCCCAGCUUACAAUGGCGGCGGGGAGAUCAUUGGCUAUUUCGUCGACAAACAGUUGGUUGGCACGAACGAGUGGUCCCGCUGCACGGAGAGAUGUAAAACUCGUCAGUACACCGUCAGAGAAAUCCGAGAAGGAGCUGAUUACAAACUGCGUGUGAGUGCAGUCAAUGCAGCAGGAGAAGGCCCUCCUGGAGAAACGGAGCCUGUCACAGUGGCGGAACCUCAAGAGCCCCCAAUGGUGGAACUGGAUGCCUCCGUCAAGAGUGGAAUUCAGAUCAUGGCCGGGCAGACUCAAAUUCCAGCAGUGGUCACCGGACGUCCAGUUCCCACCAGAGUGUGGAAGAUGGAAGAAGGAGAGCUAGACAAGGAGCGGGUCGUUAUAGAAGAUGUGGGCACCAAAUCUGAGCUAGUCAUCAAGAAUGCCUUGAGAAAAGACCACGGCAGAUAUAACACUGCCACCAACAGCAGCGGAUCAAGUUUCUGAUGCGCUGCGCUCUCUCUUUUAGAUGUCCCGGGCCCAGUUCUUGACCUGAAACCUGUCGUGACAAACAGAAAGAUGUGUCUGCUUAACUGGUCUGAUCCAGCAGAUGAUGGAGGAAGUGAAAUCACAGGCUUCAUUAUAGAACGGAAAGAUGCUAAAAUGCACACGUGGAGGCAGCCGAUAGAAACUGAAAGGUCGAAGUGUGACAUCACGGGACUCCUGGAAGGCCAGGAAUAUAAGUUCCGGGUUGUUGCCAAGAACAAGUUUGGCUGUGGUCCACCUGUCGAAAUAGGACCGAUUCUUGCAGUUGAUCCGCUAGGUCCUCCGACAUCCCCAGAGCGGCUCACGUACACAGAAAGGACAAAGUCAACCAUCACUCUGGAUUGGAAAGCUCCUCGCAGUGAUGGAGGCAGCCCGAUUCAAGGAUAUAUCAUUGAAAAGAGACGACAUGACCAGCCCAAUUUUGAAAGAGUCAACAAGAGACUGUGCCCAACCACAACGUUCCCCGUAGAAGGCCUGGACGAACACCAAAUGUACGAAUUCCGCGUCAAGGCCGUGAAUGAAAUUGGCGAAAGCGAACCGUCGCUGCCUCUCAACGUGGUUAUACAGGACGAUGAAGUUCCUCCAACUAUUAAAUUGCGGCUCACCGUGAGAGGAGAUACCAUCAAGUGAAGGCAGGGGAGGCCCGUUAACAUUCCAGCAGAUGUGACUGGUCUUCCAAUGCCCAAGAUCGAGUGGUCCAAGAACGACACAGUGAUUGAAAAACCAACCGAUGCCCUUAAGAUAACCAAGGAGGAGGUAUCCAGAAGUGAAGCUAAAACCGAGCUGAGCAUCCCAAAAUCCGUCCGGGAAGACAAAGGCACUUAUACGGUUACUGCCUCCAAUCGUCUUGGCACUGUGUGCAACGUUCACGUUGAAGUCUACGACCGUCCUUCCCCGCCAAGAACCUCGCUGUUGUCGACAUUAGCUGAAUCUUGCUUCUUGACCUGGGAUGCCCCUAAGAUAAUGGGGGGCAGUGAAAUCACCCACUACGUCAUUGACAAACGGGAUGCAAGUAGAAAGAAAACUGAAUUAGGAGUCACCAAUACUGCUGUUGAGAGGCGAUAGGGUGCUUGGGAGAAUCUGGAAACUUAUCCGAAUGGCCAAUAUGAGUUCAGAGUCAGAGCAGUGAACAAGUAUGGAACCAGUGAUGAAUGCAAAUCUGACAUGGUGAUUCAGGAUCCAUAUCGCCCUCCUGGGCCUCCAGGAAAACCAAAGAUUCUAGACCGGACAAAAUCAUCGAUGCUGGUGACAUGGACUCCUCCUUUGGACAACGGCGGAUCUCCCAUCACGGGCUAUUGGCUGGAGAAGAGAGAGGUGGGAGGUUCCUAUUGGUCACGUGUUAGCCGAGCCCCAAUUACGAAAACUGGAACCAAAGUCUGGAGUUCAACGUUCCCCCGGUUAAUCGAAGGGGUGCAAUACCAGUUCAGAGCCAUGGCCAUAAACGCAGCUGGAGUCGGUCCACCUAGUGAACCAUCAGAUCCCACUGAAGCAUCAGAUCCUAAAUACCCACCUGGAGCCCCAUCAACCCCAGAAGUCAAAGACAAAACCAAGUCAUCAGUAACCCUAGCAUGGAAACUCCAGCAAAAGGAUGGUGGGAGCCCAAUAAAAAGGAUAUAUUGUUGAAAUGCAAGAAGAAGUACAUCUGACUGGAAGAGAGUGAAUCCAGACAAACUUCUGCCUACCUGUGAAUGUGUGGUACCUAAUUUGAAAGAACCAAAAUACAGAUUCCGCGUGAAAGCUGUGAAUGAUGCAGGAGAAUCUGAACCAAGUGGCACCACAGCAGAGAUACCUGCUACUGAUAUUCAAGAGAAAACCUGAAGUUUCAUCGACAUCGGUGCCCAGGAUAGCCUGGAUGUGCCGUGCAGGUUCACAAUUAGGAUUCCAGCUGUCAUCAAGGGACGCCCAACUCCAAAAACAUCUUGGGAAUUUGAUGGCAACCAAGAAGCUGGUCUGUUUCAAGGAUUCAACGAUAUUCCUGAAGAUGCACAAGUUGAAACAGCUAAGGAAUCUUCAGUAAUUGUUAUUCCUGAAUGUACUCGGGGCCACACAGGAAGAUAUAGUAUUACAGCAAAACAAGCUGGACAGAAAACCGCCCAUUGUAGAGUUAAAGUCAUGGGUAAGACUAAAAUGAAAAAUCCAAAGGCCCCCCAAGAUCUGAAAGUCAGUGACAUUACUAGGGGCAGCUGCAACUUUCCUGGAAGAUGCCCGGAUGAUGACGGUUGGAGACAGAAUCAAGGCUACGUCAUAGAGAAAAAGACCAUCGAUGGCAAAGCGUGGACCAAAGUCAAUCCAAAACUGUGAAGCACUUCAUUUGGUCCUGAUCUCAUUGCUGAGCAACAGUAUUUCUUCCGAGUACGCGCAGAAAACCGUUUUGGCGUUGGUGCUCCGGCAGAAACAAUUCAGCGGACCACAGCAAGAGAUCCAAUAUGUAAUUCUCCUGAUCCACCCAUUAAGCUCAAGAUUGGUCUUCAUCACCAAGGACACUGUCAGUCUGACUUGGAACCUCCAAAGAACGAUCGCGGGGCCCCAGUUACACAUUACAUUGUAGAACGCCUUGCCUGGGAUCCUACUGGAAACAAGGGCAUGAAACAAUGCACACUAAGGCGGAGUGGAAGAACCAAGUUUACUGUGGAGGACCCAGGAGGAGGAGAAUAUGAAUUUAGGGUCAAAGGCCUGUCAAUGAAGCAGGGGUCAGCAGACCUUCAGCUACGCGUUGGCCCAGUCAUUGUGAAAGAUCAAACAUGUCCACCAUCCAUUAUCUUAAAGAAUUAUGGAGGAGAAGGAACAGAUAUUAGCAUCGUGGCCAAAGUUAAGGUGUGCCCUCCUUCACUCACCUGGUUCAAAGCUCCACCAAAGAAGCCCGAUGACAAAACACCAGUUCUCUAUGACCCUAUCAACAAACUAGUGGUUGAUGAUACUUGUACCUUAGUGAUACCACAGUCCCGAAAAGUGACCACUGGCUUGUACCACCCUGAUGCUGAAACACAUCUGGGCACUGCUUCCAAGGAGAUGAGACUGAAUGUUCUUGGCCGUCCAGGACCUCCGGUGGGACCUCAAUUCGAAUCCAUAGCUGAUCAAAUGACCUUAUCUUGGCUUCCUCCUAAAGAUAUGGGGGAUCUUAAGAUUACAAACUAUGUUAGAAAACGAGAGGCCAACCGAAAAACAUUGCGCGUCUCCAGUGAACCUAAAGAAUGCAUGUACACAAUACAAUUGUUGGAAGGCCAUGAAUAUGUGUUCCGUAUCAUGGCACAGAAUAAAUAUGGCAUCGGGGAACCCCUCGACAGUGAACCCGAGACAGCCAGAAAUCUUUUCUCUGUUCCCGGGGCACCGGACAAACCAACGGUGAGCAGCGUGACCCGGGACUCCAUGACCGUCAACUGGGAAGAGCCAGAGUAUGAUGGCGGCUCUCCUGUGACGGGUUACUGGCUGGAGAUGAAGGACACCACUGGAAAGAGAUGGAAGAGAGUCAACCGGGACCCUAUCAAGGCUAUGACAUUGGGUGUCUCUUACAAAGUGACAGGCCUUAUCGAGGGCUACGACUAUCAGUUCCGCGUCUACGCCAUCAACGCGGCUGGGGUUGGCCCCGCCAGCCCUCCAUCUGACCCUGUAACGGCUAGAGAUCCAAUUGCCCCACCAGGUCCUCCCUUCCCCAAAGUUACCGACUGGACAAAAUCUACUGUGGAUCUGGAAUGGACUCCCCCUGUAAAGGAUGGUGGGUCCAAAAUAACCGGGUACAUCGUCGAGUACAAAGAAGAAGGAAAGGAAGAAUGGGAAAAGGCAAAAGAUAAAGAAGUGAGAGGAACAAAACUUGUAAUACCAGAAUUAAAAGAAGGUGCAUUCUACAGAUUUAGAGUUAGAGCAGUUAACAUUGCUGGCAUUGGAGAACCUGGAGAAGCUACUGAAGUAAUUGAAAUGAAGGACAGAAUUGUUGCUCCUGACCUUCAUCUGGAUGCCAGCGUCAAGGACAGAAUUGUGGUCCAUGCCGGUGGAGUGAUCCGGAUCAUAGCUUAUGUUUCAGGAAAGCCACCUCCAACAGUCACUUGGAGCAUGAAUGAAAGAGCCCUACCAGAAGAAGCCAAAAUUGAAGAAACAGUGAUCAGUUCAUCUAUGGUCAUUAAGAACUGCAAGAGAAGUCAUCAAGGAGUCUAUACUCUUCUUGCUAAAAAUGCAGGGGGAGAAAGGAAGAAGACAAUAAUUGUGGACGUAUUAGAUGUACCUGGUCCUGUUGGUAUUCCCUUCCUUGCGGACAACCUAACUAACGACUCCUGCAAGCUGACGUGGUUUUCUCCAGAAGAUGAUGGUGGGUCUCCUAUCACUAAUUACGUCAUCGAAAAGCGUGAAGCCGACCGAAAGGCAUGGACACCAGUAUCGUACACAGUCACAAGGCAGAAUGCUACAGUCCAGGGACUGAUACAAGGCAAAGCAUACUUUUUCCGCAUUGCAGCUGAAAACAGCAUUGGCAUGGGCCCAUUCGUCGAGACUGAGAAUGAGAUCGUCAUCAGAGAUCCAAUAACUGUUCCUGAGCGUCCAGAAGAUCUGGAAGUCAAAGAAGUUACCAAAAGCUCUGUUUCUUUGACCUGGAACCCACCUAAGUAUGAUGGAGGAUCAGAAAUCAUUAACUACGUACUAGAAAGCCGUCUGAUCGGAAGUGAUAAGUUCCACAAAGUUACAAAGGAUAACUUGCUUAGUAGAAAAUACACCGUGAAAGACUUGAAGGAAGGAGAUACUUACGAGUUCCGUGUAAGCGCAGUCAAUAUCGUCGGGCAAGGCAAGCCCUCGUUUUGCACCAAACCAAUCACCUGCAAGGAUGAACUCGCUCCUCCAACGCUGGAACUGGACUUCAGGGAUAAGCUUAUAGUCCGAGUUGGUGAAGCUUUUGCCCUAACCGGCCGUUACUCAGGCAAACCCAAACCCAAGGUUACUUGGUCGAAAGAUGACACCGAGGUGUCGGAGGACGAUCGUACAGAAAUUAAAACCACUCCAACAACGCUGUCUCUUACAAAAGUCAAAGCCAAACGUGGAGACUCUGGCAAAUAUUGUGUAGUGGUGGAAAAUAGUACAGGAUCUAGGAAGGGUGUCUGCCAAGUUGCCGUGGUUGACCGUCCUGGACCUCCAGUCGGACCUGUUAUUUUCGAUGAAGUGCACAAAGAUCACAUGAUUGUCUCCUGGAAACCUCCACUGGAUGAUGGAGGCAGUGAAAUUACUAAUUAUAUCAUUGAGAAGAAAGACAUGAGUAGAGACCUCUGGUUGCCGGUAACAUCGGCCAGUGCCAAGACAACGUGCAAAGUGCCCAAACUGCUUGAAGGAAAGGACUACAUCAUUCGCAUCUACGCUGAAAAUCUUUAUGGCAUAAGUGAUCCCCUUGUAUCUGAUGCGAUGAAAGCCAAGGAUCGUUUCAGUGUUCCCGCUGCACCUGAUCAACCUAUUAUAACAGAAGUUACCAAAGACUCUGCCUUGGUGACCUGGAACAAACCAUACGACGGGGGCAAGCCUAUCACCACUUACAUUGUAGAAAAGAAGGAGACUAAGUCUAAGCGAUGGGUUAGAGUCUCCAGAGAGCCUAUUCACCCGUACACCAAGUUCAGGGUACCAGAUCUCCUGGAAGGAUGUGAAUAUGAAUUCCGCGUCUCGGCCGAAAACGAAAUUGGGGUCGGUGACCCAAGUCCACCAUCCAAGCCAGUGUUCGCCAGAGAUCCGAUCGCUAAACCCAGCCCGCCUAUCAAUCCUGAAGCCGUCGAUACAACUAAAAAUUCAGUUGAUUUAACUUGGCAACCACCACGUCACGAUGGCAAGAGCAAGAUUCUGGGGUACAUUGUGGAGUACCAGAAAGUUGGAGAUGAAGAGUGGAAAAGGGCCAAUCACACUCCUGAAUCGUGCCCUGAUACUAAAUAUAAAGUCACUGGCCUUAGGGAUGGACAGUCCUAUAAAUUCCGAGUGCUGGCAGUCAAUGCAGCAGGGGAAUCAGACCCAGCUAAUGUGCCUGAACCAGUUCUUGUAAGGGACAGACUUGAACCUCCUGAGUUGAUACUUGAUGCUAAUAUGGCAAGAGAACAACACAUAAAGGUCGGCGAUACCUUAAGACUUAGCGCCAUCAUCAAAGGCGUUCCAUUCCCAAAAGUAACUUGGAAAAAAGAGGAAAGGGAAGUCCCAACUCGAGCAGACAUUGAGGUCACCCCCGUUGGUAGUAAACUCGAGAUUCGUAAUUCUGUCCACGAGGAUGGUGGGAUUUAUUCUUUGACAGUUGAGAACCCAGCAGGCUCAAAGACUGUUUCAGUAAAAGUCGUCGUAUUAGAUAAACCUGGGCCACCUAGAGACCUGGAAGUCAGCGAGAUCCGAAAAGAUUCUUGCUACCUCACUUGGAAAGAGCCACUGGAUGAUGGUGGGUCAGUUGUUACAAACUAUGUGGUAGAAAGAAGAGAUGUCGCAACUGCCCAGUGGUUACCUCUUUCAGCCACAUCCAAGAAAAAGAGCCACAUGGCUAAGCAUCUCACAGAAGGCAAUCAGUAUCUCUUCCGUGUGGCUGCAGAGAACCAGUAUGGUCGCGGUCCAUUUGUUGAAACCCCUAAACCCAUCAAGGCUAUAGAUCCUCUCCAUCCCCCAGGACCGCCUAAGGAUUUGCAUCAUGUAGAUGUUGACAAGACGGAAGUUUCCCUGGUUUGGAAUAAGCCAGAUCGCGAUGGUGGCUCUCCAAUCACAGGCUACCUGGUGGAAUAUCAAGAGGAUGGCACCCAGGAGUGGAUUAAGUUCAAGACAGUCACUGACUUAAACUGUGUGGUGACUGGUCUAACACAGGGAAAGAUUUACAGAUUCCGAGUAAAAGCUCAGAACAUUGUGGGGCUUGGUCUCCCAGACACAACUAUUCCAAUAGAGUGUCAAGAAAAACUAGUACCUCCAUUUAUAGAAAUAGACGUGAAAUUAAUCGAAGGUCUGGUGGUGAAAGCUGGUAGCACUGUAAGAUUCCCUGCCAUCAUAAGAGGAGUGCCCGUUCCCACUGCAAAAUGGUCAACCGACGGGAGUGAAAUUACAACUGAAGGGAACUACACCGUGGAAACUGACAACUACUCAUCAGUACUCACUAUUAAAAACUGUGUCAGAAGAGACACAGGGGAAUAUCAACUUACUGUCUCCAACACAGCCGGCAGCAAAACCGUCGCCGUCCAUCUUACGGUCUUGGAUGUGCCCGGUCCCCCAACUGGUCCCAUUAACAUCCUUGACAUAACCCCUGACUACAUGGUUAUCUCCUGGCUACCACCCAAGGAUGAUGGUGGAUCGCCUGUGAUCAACUAUAUUGUUGAGAAAAAGGAAUCCAAGAAAGACACUUGGGGCAUUGUCUCUUCAGGAAGCAGUAAGACGAAGCUUAAGAUCCCCCAUCUACAAAAAGGCUGUGAAUAUAUCUUCCGAGUUCGAGCAGAAAAUAAGAUGGGUAUCGGUGCACCCCUUGACUCCACGCCUACUGUUGCUAAACAUAAGUUCAACCCCCCGUCUCCACCUGGUAAACCAGUGGUGACGGACAUCACCGAAAGUGCUGCAACAGUGUCUUGGACCCUACCAAAAUCUGACGGUGGCAGCCCGAUAACCGGCUACUACAUCGAGCGUCGAGAACUGACCGGGAAAUGGGUGCGGGUCAACAAGACGCCGGUGGCUGACCUGAAAUUCAGAGUAACCGGACUCUACGAAGGAAAUACGUAUGAAUUCCGGGUAUUUGCUGAAAACCUCGCCGGCCUAAGCGGUCCUUCGCCAAGUUCUGACCCGAUAAAAGCCUGCCGGCCCUUAAAACCACCUGGUCCGCCCAUCAAUCCCAAACUGAAAGACAAGACCAAAGAGACAGCCGAUCUAGUGUGGACAAAGCCACUCAGUGAUGGCGGAAGCCCUAUCCUUGGCUAUGUUGUGGAAUGCCAGAAACCUGGAAAGGCACAGUGGGAGAGAAUUAAUAAAGAUGAGCUCAUCAGGCAGUGUGCUUACAGGGUACCGGGCCUUAUUGAAGGCAAUGAAUAUCGAUUCCGCAUCAAAGCGGCGAACAUCGUCGGAGAGGGAGAACCCAGAGAGCUUCCAGAAUCUGUGCUCGCCAAAGACAUUCUCCAUCCCCCGGAAGUUGAACUCGACGUGACCUGCCGGGAUGUGAUCACGGUUCGCGUAGGCCAGAACAUCCGCAUCGCCGCUCGAGUGAAAGGCAGGCCGGAACCAGACAUCACGUGGACCAAGGAAGGCAAAGUACUGGUCAAAGAAAAACGUGUUGACCUGAUUAAGGAAUUACCGCUCGCCGAGUUGCACAUUAAAGAAGCCGUGAGGGCCGAUCACGGCAAAUACAUCAUUUCAGCAAAGAACAGCAGUGGACACGCACAGGGCACGGCUGUCGUUAAUGUCCUCGACAGACCAGGGCCCUGCCAGAAUUUGAAAGUUACCAAUGUGACCAAGGAGACUUGUACAGUUUCUUGGGAAAACCCACUAGAUAACGGUGGUUCUGAAAUAACCAAUUUUAUAGUAGAAUAUCGUAAACCGAGCCAAAGAGGGUGGUCCAUUGUCUCCUCAGAUGUCACUAAACGAUUGAUCAAAGCCAACCUCUUAGCCAACAAUGAAUACUUCUUCCGCGUUUGUGCAGAGAAUAAAGUUGGAGUAGGGCCGACGGUUGAAACGAAAACACCCGUUCUGGCUAUUAACCCAAUCGACAGGCCCGGGGAGCCUGAAAACCUUCAUAUUGCUGAAAAAGGCAAAACAUUCGUCUACCUGAAGUGGAGGAGACCAGAUUACGAUGGUGGCAGCCCCAACUUAUCUUACCACGUCGAGAGGCGACUGAAAGGCUCAGAUGAGUGGGAGAGAGUCCACAAGGGCAGUAUUAAAGAAACCCACUACAUGGUUGACAAGUGUGUCGAAAACCAGAUUUACCAGUUCAGAGUUCAGACAAAGAAUGAGGGAGGGGAAAGUGACUGGGUAAGGACAGAGGAAGUUGUCGUGAAGGAAGACUUACAGAAACCAGUGCUUGAACUGAAAUUAGUCGGAGUGUUGACCGUGAAGGCAGGAGAAACGAUUAGGCUGGAAGCCGCAGUUAGAGGAAAACCGUUUCCAGAAGUCUCAUGGACCAAGGACAGAGAUGCAACAGAUAUAACCAGAUCUCCCAGGGCCAAAAUCGACACGAGUUCUGAGUCGUCCAAGUUUAGCCUCAUCAAAGCAAAGCGAAGUGAUGGCGGCAAAUAUGUGAUCACAGCAACUAACACGGCUGGCAGCUUCACCGCCUACGCCACCGUGAAUGUUUUGGAUAAACCCGGACCCGUAAGGAAUCUGAAGAUCUCGGACAUCUCGAGCGACAGGUGUAAAAUCCACUGGGACCCUCCUGAAGAUGAUGGCGGCUGUGAGAUUCAAAAUUACAUUUUAGAAAAGUGUGAGAGCAAACGCAUGGUUUGGUCUACCUACUCCGCUGCCGUUCUAACACCCAGUGCAACUGUCACACGCCUCAUAGAAGGAAAUGAAUAUAUUUUCAGAGUCCGGGCAGAGAACAAGAUAGGGACCGGCCCUCCCACAGAGAGCAAGCCAAUGGUUGCUAAAACCAAGUUCAGCUGUCCGGGCCGUCCAGAUCCACCUGAAGUAACAAAGGUGGGCAAAGAGGAGAUGACUGUAGUGUGGAACCCUCCAGAAUAUGAUGGUGGCAAGUCUAUCACGGGAUACAUUCUGGAGAAAAAGGAAAAACACUCAAUACGAUGGGUUCCUGUCACAAAAGCCGCAAUUCCGGAGAGACGUAUGAAAGUUCAAAAUCUCAUCCCGGGGCAUGAAUACCAGUUCCGCGUCAAGGCUGAAAAUGAAAUCGGAGUGGGAGAACCCAGUUUUCCGUCAAAACCAGUAGUGGCGAAAGACCCAAUAGAACCCCCUGGUCCUCCAACCAACCUGAAGGUCUUUGAUACCACCAAGAAUUCCAUUACUCUCAAAUGGGGGAAGCCAGUCUACGAUGGUGGGGCUCCAAUAAUUGGGUAUGUUGUGGAAAUGCGACCCAAAAAGGAAGAUGCAUCUCCUGAUGAAGGCUGGAAGAGGUGCAAUGCUGCAGCCCAACUUAUUCAUCCGGAAUUUACUGCCACCAGCUUGGAAGAAAAGCAAGAAUAUGAGUUUAGAGUUUGUGCCCAAAACCAAGUGGGCAUUGGACGCCCUGCGGAACUAAAGGAUGCCAUUUCUCCCAAAGAAAUACUUGAACCCCCAGAGAUCGACUUGGAUGCCAGUAUGAGAAAGCUGGUCACCGUCAGAGCAGGAUGCCCCAUCAGACUUUUUGCCAUUGUGAGAGGGCGGCCAGCACCCAAAGUUACUUGGCGGAGAGUGGGCCUGGAUAACGUGGUCAGGAAGGGACAAGUUGAUUUGGUUGACACCAUGGCCUUCCUCGUCAUCCCGAAUUCUACCAGAGACGACUCGGGCAAAUAUUCCUUGACACUGGUGAACCCAGCUGGAGAAAAGGCUGUCUUUGUGAAUGUCAGAGUCCUUGACACUCCUGGACCUGUAGCUGAUUUAAAAGUUUCAGAUGUCACCAAAACUUCAUGCCACGUUUCUUGGGCACCGCCUGAAAAUGACGGUGGAAGCCAAGUAACUCAUUAUAUUGUGGAGAAACGUGAAGCUGAAAGAAAAACUUGGUCAACAGUUGCUUCGGAGGUCAAGAAAACCAGUUUCCAAGUAACUAAUCUUGUCCCUGGAAAUGAAUAUUUCUUCAGAGUAACUGCAGUCAAUGAAUACGGUCCUGGUGUUCCCACUGACAUUCAGAAACCAAUCCUGGCUUCAGAUCCACUAAGUGAACCUGACCCACCAAGGAAACUGGAAGUAACUGAAAUGACGAAAAACAGUGCCGCAUUAGCUUGGCUGCCUCCACUGAGGGAUGGAGGUUCCAAAAUUGAUGGCUAUAUCAUUAGCUAUAGAGAAGAGGAACAGCCCGCAGAUCGCUGGACAGAAUACUCCAUUGUGAAAGACCUCACCCUUCUUGUCACCGGCCUGAAGGAAGGAAAGAAAUAUAAAUUUAGAGUGGUGGCCAGAAAUGCCGUCGGAGUGAGUCUGCCGAGAGAAACUGAAGGAGUGUACGAAGCAAAAGAGCAGCUUUUGCCACCCAAGAUCCUCAUGCCAGAGGAAGUUACCAUCAAAGCUGGGAAGAAACUCAGAAUCGAAGCCCACGUAUAUGGAAAGCCCAAUCCCAUGUGCAAAUGGAAGAAAGGAGAUGAAGAUGUGGUUACAUCCAGCCACCUGGCAGUGCAUAAGACAGAUAACUCUGCAGUCCUCAUCCUGAAAGAUGUUAGCAGGAAAGACAGCGGUUACUACAGCCUCACUGCAGAAAACAGCUCUGGUGUAGAUACUCAGAAAAUUAAAGUGAUUGUCAUGGAUGCCCCAGGACCACCGCAGCCGCCCUUUGCAAUUACGGACAUAGAUGCUGACGCCUGCUCGCUGUCCUGGCACAUACCCCUCGAGGAUGGGGGCAGCAGCAUUACCAAUUACGUGGUGGAGAAGUGCGAUGUCAGCCGAGGAGACUGGGUGACGGCUCUCGCUUCCGUCACAAAAACAUCCUGCCGGGUUGGAAAACUCAUCCCGGGACAAGAGUAUGUGUUCCGGGUCCGGGCAGAAAACCGUUUUGGCAUUUCGGAGCCUCUGAACUCCGAUAAAAUGCUGGCCAAGUUCCCAUUCGAUGUUCCCAGUGAACCCAAAAAUGCCAGGGUCACCAAAGUCAACAAAGACUGCAUUUUCGUGGCCUGGGACAGGCCAGAUAGUGAUGGUGGCAGCCCCAUUACCGGUUAUCUCAUUGAACGUAAGGAAAGGAAUAGUCUGCUGUGGGUGAAAGCUAACGACACUCUUGUCCGUUCCACGGAAUAUCCUUGUGCUGGCCUCAUAGAAGGUCUGGAGUACACCUUCAGAAUCUACGCCCUGAACCGAGCCGGAGCCAGCUUGCCCAGCAAGCCGACAGAAUACGUGACGGCAAGAAUGCCGAUCGAUCCCCCUGGAAAGCCAGAAGUUAUCGACGUUACCAAGAAUUCAGUAUCGCUCAUCUGGGCCCGACCAAAGCACGAUGGUGGCAGCAAAAUUAUUGGGUAUUAUGUCGAAGCGUGCAAGCUCCCUGGAGACAAGUGGGUACGCUGCAACUCUAUACCUCAUCAGAUCCCACAGGAGGAGUAUACAGCCACUGGUUUGGAAGAGAAUGCUCAAUAUCAAUUUAGAGCAAUUGCCAAGACCGCAGUAAACAUCAGCAUGCCUUCCGAACCCUCCGACCCAGUGACUGUUAUUGCAGAAAAUGUUCCUCCCCGGAUAGAACUGAGCGUGGCCAUGAAGUCAUUACUUACUGUUAAAGCUGGAAGCAAUGUUUGCCUGGAUGCUACUGUGUUCGGUAAACCUAUGCCGACCAUUUCUUGGAAGAAGGAUGGAACAGUUCUAACUCCAGCUGAAGGCAUAAAGAUGACCACGAAACGGAACCUGUGCACUUUGGAGCUGUUCAGCGUGAACAGAAAAGAGACGGGAGAUUACACAAUUACUGCUGAAAAUGCAAGUGGUUCCAAAUCAGCUACCAUUAAGCUUAAAGUAUUAGACAAACCCGGUCCUCCGGCUUCCGUAAAAAUCAACCGCAUGUACUCCGAUCGGGCCAUGCUUUCCUGGGAGCCACCUCUUGAAGAUGGCGGCUCAGAAAUUACCAACUACAUUGUAGACAAGCGGGAAACGAGCAGGCCCAACUGGGCCCAGGUCUCUGCAAAUGUGCCAAUCACAAGCUGCACAGUGGAGAAACUGAUAGAAGGCCAUGAAUACCAGUUCCGGAUCUGUGCUGAAAAUAAGUAUGGUGUCGGAGACCCCAUCUUGACUGAACCUGUCAUCGCUAAAAACCCCUUUGAUGUGCCCGGGCGCUGCGAUCCUCCGGUCAUUAGCAACAUCACCAAAGAUCACAUGACAGUUAGCUGGAAACCACCAGCCGACGACGGCGGUUCCCCCAUCACCGGCUAUUUGCUUGAGAAGCGGGAAACCCAAGCUGUCAACUGGACCAAGGUCAACCGGAAGCCUGUUAUCGAGAGAACGGUGAAGGCCACCGGACUUCAGGAAGGCACCGAGUAUGAGUUUCGAGUUACAGCCCUGAACAAGGCUGGACCCGGCAAACCCAGCGAUGCAUCUAAGGCAGCAUAUGCCCGUGACCCUCAGUAUCCUCCGGGUCCACCGGCUUUCCCCAAGGUGGUGGACACAACCCGCAGCUCCGUAAGUCUGUCUUGGGGUAAACCAGCAUAUGACGGUGGAAGCCCCAUCAUUGGCUAUCUGGUGGAAGUCAAGAGAGCUGACUCCGAUAACUGGGUGAGGUGCAACUUGCCAAAGAACCUGCAGAAAACUCGCUUCGAUGUGACUGGGUUGAUGGAGAACAUAGAAUAUCAGUUCCGGGUCUAUGCUGUCAAUAAGAUCGGUUACAGUGACCCCAGUGAUGUGCCUGACAAACAUUUUGCCAAGGACAUUCUGAUUCCACCCGAGGGAGAUCUGGAUGCCGAUCUGAGAAAGACACUCAUUCUCCGAGCGGGAGUGACUAUGAGACUUUACGUACCCGUGAGAGGACGCCCUCCCCCAAAGAUUACCUGGUCCAAGCAGAACGCCAACCUGAGAGACAGGAUCGGUCUCGACAUCAAGUCAACAGAUUUCGAUACUUUUCUACGCUGUGAAAAUGUCAACAAAUAUGAUGCUGGAAAAUAUGUCUUGAGCCUAGAGAACAGCUGUGGUAAAAAGGAAUAUACCAUUGUUGUUAAAGUACUUGACACGCCAGGGCCACCGGUCAAUGUGACCGUUAAGGAAGUAUGCAAAGAUUCAGCUCAUGUUACGUGGGACCCUCCCAUCAUUGAUGGCGGCAGCCCUAUCAUCAAUUACAUUGUCGAAAAGCGGGAUGCAGAGAGAAAGUCAUGGUCCACGGUGACAACUGAGUGUCCCAAAACAAGUUUCAGAGUCCCUAACCUAGAGGAAGGAAAAUCCUAUUUCUUCCGAAUUUUUGCUGAAAACGAGUACGGCAUUGGAGACCCCGGAGAGACGCGUGAUGCGGUGAAAGCCUCUGAAACCCCUGGUCCAGUGGUGGACCUGAAGGUUUUGUCCGUAACUAAAUCAUCAUGUAACCUUGGAUGGAAAAAACCUCGUAGUGAUGGGGGAAGUCGAAUUACUGGCUACAUAGUGGACUUCUUGACGGAAGAAAAUAAAUGGCAACAAGUUAUGAGAUCACUGAACCUCCAGUUCUCUACGAAAGAUUUGAAAGAAGACAAGGAGUACACUUUCAGAGUGAGAGCCGAGAACGAGAAUGGAGAGGGAACCCCCAGCGAAAUCAUCGUUGUAGCGAAGGAUGAUGUCGUGGCUCCUGACCUUGAUUUAAGAGAACUACCUGAUUUGUGCUACUUGGCUAAAGAAAACAGUAACUUCCAUCUCAAGAUUCCAAUAAAAGGCAAGCCUACACCUGCAAUAACUUGGAAAAAAGGAGAAGACCCGCUGCUAACCGACACAAGAGUCAGCGUCGAGUCUACGGCCGUUAACACUACUCUUGUGGUGUAUGACUGCCAAAAAUCUGAUGCCGGCAAGUACACAAUCUCAUUGAAAAACGUCGCUGGCAGUAAGGAAGGAACCCUGACCAUAAAGGUGGUUGGGAAGCCAGGCAUACCUACUGGGCCGAUCAAAUUUGACGAAGUCACAGCGGAAGCCAUGACCUUAAAAUGGGGCCCUCCAAAGGACGAUGGCGGCUCUGAAAUCACCAACUACAUCCUGGAGAAGAGAGACAACGUCAACAACAAGUGGGUGACGUGUGCCUCAGCUGUCCAGAAAACAACCUUCCGGGUUACGAGACUGCACGAGGGGCUGGAAUACACCUUCCGAGUCAGUGCUGAAAACAGAUAUGGAGUAGGCGAGGGCCUUAAAUCUGAGCCUAUUGUCGCCAAGCAUCCAUUUGAUGUACCAGAUGCCCCUCCACCCCCCAAUAUCGUGGGUGUCAGUAGGGAUGCUGUAUCUCUAACUUGGACUGACCCGAAAAAAACAGGAGGCUCACCUAUCACAGGAUAUCAUAUUGAAUUCAAGGAGAGAAACAGUCUCCUGUGGAAGAGAGCUAACAAGACUCCUAUUAGGAUGAAAGAUUUCAGGGUGACAGGAUUAACCGAAGGUCUUGAAUAUGAAUUCAGAGUCAUGGCCAUCAAUUUGGCAGGAGUAGGCAAACCGAGUCUGCCAUCUGAGCCAGUGGUGGCCCUUGAUCCAAUCGAUCCUCCAGGCAAGCCUGAGGUUAUUAAUGUUACGAGAAAUUCCGUGACUCUCAUUUGGACUGAACCAAAAUACGAUGGAGGCCAUAAACUGACAGGAUACAUAGUGGAAAAGCGUGACCUGCCCUCUAAGUCUUGGAUGAAGGCUAACCACGUUAACGUCCCAGACUGUGCCUUUACCGUAACUGACCUGGUUGAGGGCGGAAAAUACGAAUUCAGAAUUAGAGCCAAGAAUACCGCAGGGGCUAUCAGUCCUCCCUCAGAAAGCACAGACACCAUCACAUGCCAAGAUGAAUACGAGGCACCAUCCAUUGUCCUGGAUCCAACUCUAAAGGAUGGCCUAACAGUCAAAGCAGGGGAUACUAUUGUCUUGAACGCCAUCAGCAUCUUAGGGAAACCCCUUCCCAAAUCAGGCUGGUCCCGAGCAGGAAAGGAUUUUAGACCAUCAGACAUCGUUCAAAUCAGUUCUACUCCAACCUCCUCUAGACUUAGUGUCAAAUAUGCCUCCAGAAAAGAUGCAGGGGAAUACACGAUCAGCGCGAGCAAUCCCUUUGGGACUAAAGAGGAGCACGUCCGGGUGACAGUAUUAGAUGUUCCCGGACCCCCUGGGCCUAUUGAAAUCAGCAACGUCUCGGCCGAGAAAGCUACGCUCACAUGGACACCUCCUCUGGAAGAUGGAGGCUCACCGAUUAAAUCUUAUGUCCUGGAAAAGAGAGAAACCAGCCGUCUUUUGUGGACCGUAGUUGCCGAAGAUAUUGUGCCCUGCAGGCAUGUGGUUACCAAGCUGAUCCAAGGAAACGAAUACCUCUUCCGGGUCUCGGCUGUGAACCAGUAUGGCAAGGGUGAACCCGUGCAGUCAGAACCAGUCAAAAUGGUGGAUCGAUUUGGUCCCCCUGGCCCUCCUGGAAAACCUGAGGUAUCAAAUAUAACUAAAAGCACGGCAACCGUGUGCUGGAAGAGACCGAUCGAUGAUGGUGGCAGUGAGAUCACAGGAUACCACGUGGAGAGGAGGGAAAAGAAAAGCUUGAGAUGGGUGCGAGCAACCAAGACCCCCAUUUCCGAUCUCCGAUGCAAAGUGAGCGGACUCCAAGAAGGAAACACCUAUGAAUUCCGUGUCAGUGCAGAAAACAAGGCGGGCGUUGGUCCUCCGAGUGAUGCUUCCACUCCAGUUCUAAUCAAGGAUGCAGCAUAUCCACCUGGACCACCUUCGAAUGCUCAUGUGACUGACACUACCAAGAAAUCAGCUUCUUUAGCGUGGGGUAAACCUCAUUACGAUGGAGGACUGGAAAUCAUUGGCUAUAUAGUGGAGCAUCAGAAGGAAGGUGAUGAGGCCUGGGUGAAAGACACAACAGGGACUGCUCUCAGGAUCACUCAGUUCGUGGUUCCCGACCUUCAGACCAAAGAAAAAUAUAACUUCAGAAUCAGUGCCGUCAAUGAUGCAGGUGUUGGGGAACCAGCGGUUAUUCCAAAUGUUGAAAUCGUAGAACGCGAACUGGCUCCUGAUUUUGAAUUAGAUGCCGAGCUAAGAAGGACACUUGUUGUUCGGGCAGGGCUGAGCAUUAGAAUAUUUGUGCCAAUCAAAGGUCGUCCGGCACCCGAAGUCACGUGGACGAAAGACGGCAUCAACCUCAAGACACGGGCCAAUAUCGACAACACAGAAUCCUUCACGCUUUUGAUUAUCCCAGAAUGCAAUAGAUAUGACACUGGAAAGUUUGUCAUGACCAUCGAAAACGCUGCCGGCAAGAAGAGUGGCUUCGUCAACGUGAGAGUUCUGGAUACCCCAGGGCCGGUACUUAAUCUGAGACCCACCGACAUCACAAAGGACAGUGUCACCCUCCACUGGGACCUACCUCUAAUAGACGGGGGAUCACGCAUUACCAACUACAUCGUGGAAAAACGGGAAGCUACACGGAAAUCUUACUCCACAGCCACGACCAAGUGUCACAAGUGCACUUUUAAGGUUACCGGGCUGACGGAAGGGUGUGAAUACUUUUUUAGAGUGAUGGCAGAAAACGAAUACGGAAUAGGAGAACCAACAGAAACCACCGAGCCAGUCAGGGCCUCUGAGGCACCGUUACCACCCGAUAGCCUGAACAUUAUGGACGUAACCAAGAGCACGGUCAGCCUGGCUUGGCCGAAGCCCAAGCACGAUGGAGGUAGCAAGAUAACAGGUUAUGUGAUAGAAGCCCAGAGAAAAGGCUCUGACCAGUGGACCCACAUCACGACAGUGAAAGGACUCGAGUGUGUGGUGAGGAAUCUGACUGAAGGGGAAGAAUACACCUUCCAAGUCAUGGCAGUGAACAGUGCUGGCCGGAGUGCCCCCCGAGAAAGCCGGCCCGUGAUUGUCAAAGAGCAGACGAUGCUUCCAGAACUGGACCUGCGGGGCAUUUACCAAAAAUUGGUCAUCGCCAAAGCUGGUGAUAACAUCAAAGUGGAGAUCCCCGUGCUGGGCCGACCUAAACCCACUGUCACUUGGAAGAAGGGGGAUCAACUGCUGAAACAAACUCAGAGGGUCAAUUUUGAAAACACCGCCACUUCGACCAUCCUGAACAUCAAUGAAUGCACGAGGAGCGACAGUGGCCCGUACCCGCUGACUGCCAGAAACAUCGUCGGGGAGGUUGGCGAUGUCAUCACGGUCCAGGUCCAUGAUAUUCCAGGACCUCCGGGACCUAUCAAGUUUGAUGAGGUUUCAUCUGACUUUGUCACCUUCUCCUGGGAAGCACCAGAGAAUGAUGGAGGAGUACCCAUAAGCAACUACGUGGUAGAAAUGCGCCAAACUGACAGUACCACUUGGGUUGAGUUAGCCAGCACUGUUAUACGUACCACCUACAAAGCAACUCGCCUCACCACUGGACUGGAGUACCAGUUCCGGGUCAGGGCACAAAACCGAUACGGAGUGGGACCCGGAGUCACUUCAGCAUCAGUGGUAGCCAACUAUCCGUUUAAAGUGCCGAGCCCUCCUGGCACACCCCAAGUAACCGCCGUCACCAAAGAGUCCAUGACCAUCAGCUGGCAUGAGCCCCUCUCUGAUGGUGGCAGUCCAAUUUUGGGAUACCACGUCGAAAGGAAAGAACGAAAUGGCAUUCUCUGGCAGACUGUGAGUAAGGCCCUGGUGCCAGGCAAUAUUUUCAAGUCAAGUGGCCUUACAGAUGGCAUUGCCUAUGAAUUCCGGGUGAUUGCAGAAAAUAUGGCUGGCAAGAGUAAACCGAGUAAACCAUCUGAGCCCAUGUUUGCUUUGGACCCCAUUGAUCCACCCGGGAAGCCAAUCGCUCUCAACAUUACUAGGCACACGGUAUCACUUAAAUGGGCAAAGCCGGAGUAUACUGGAGGUUUUAAGAUAACCAGUUACAUAGUUGAAAAACGAGACCUUCCCAAUGGCCGUUGGCUGAAGGCCAAUUUCAGCAACAUCCUGGAGAACGAAUUUACCGUAAGUGGUUUAACAGAAGACGCCGCAUAUGAGUUCCGCGUGAUUGCCAAAAAUGCCGCCGGCGCAAUCAGUCCUCCAUCUGAGCCGUCAGACGCCAUAACUUGCAGAGACGAUAUUGAAGCACCGAGGAUCAUGGUGGAUGUCAAGUUCAAAGACACAGUCACCUUAAAAGCAGGGGAAGCGUUCAAGCUUGAGGCUGAUGUUUCUGGCCGCCCACCACCAACCAUGGAAUGGACCAAAGAUGGAAAGGAAGUCGAAGGCUUGGGAAAACUAGAAAUCAAAAUAGCAGAUUUCUCCACCGUUCUAGUUAACAAAGAUUCUACCAGAAGAGAUGGAGGAGCAUAUACACUUACUGCUUCUAAUCCUGGCGGCUUCGCCAAACACAUUUUCCAUGUCAAGGUUCUUGAUAGGCCAGGCCCCCCAGAGGGACCUUUAGCUGUGUCUGAGGUGACUUCAGAAAAGUGUGUACUGUCAUGGCUGCCUCCACUGGAUGAUGGGGGUGCUAAGAUUGACCACUACGUGGUCCAGAAACGUGAAACCAGCAGACUGGCGUGGACAAACGUAGCCUCAGAAGUUCAGUUAACAAAACUGAAGGUCCAUAAACUCCUGAAGGGAAACGAAUACGUGUUCCGGGUCAUGGCCGUUAAUAAAUACGGAGUUGGAGAGCCACUGGAAUCUGAACCUGUGCUUGCAGUUGACCCGUACGGACCCCCAGAUCCACCCAAAACUCCCGAAGUGACAGCCAUCACGAAAGAUUCCAUGAUAGUCUGCUGGGGACAUCCUGAUUCUGAUGGCGGAAGCGAAAUAACCAAUUAUAUUGUAGAACGGAGGGAUAGAACUGGAAAUCGCUGGGUGAAAUGCAACAAGAAAGCCACCACCGACCUGCGGUUCAAAGUGUCGGGACUAACCGAAGGCCAUGAGUAUGAAUAUCGCAUUAUGGCUGAAAACGCCGCUGGAAUUAGUGCACCCAGCCCCACUAGUCCGUUUUACAAAGCUUGCGACACUGUGUUUAAACCUGGCCCACCGGGGAACCCCCGUGUCCUCGAUACCAGCCGAUCAUCGAUUUCCAUUGCUUGGAACAAGCCCAUCUACGAUGGCGGUUCGGAAAUCACGGGCUACAUGGUGGAAAUUGCCCUCCCCGAUGAAGAUGAAUGGAAGAUCGUCACUCCUCCGGCAGGACUCAAAGCGACUUCUUUUACCAUCACCAACCUCAAAGAGAAUCAGGAAUAUAAAAUCCGAAUCUAUGCCAUGAAUUCGGAAGGGAUCGGAGAACCUGCUCUUGUUCCUGGGACUCCAAGGGCUGAAGAGAGACUGCUGCCUCCUGAGAUUGAACUGGAUGCCGAACUCCGGAAAGUUGUCACAAUCAGAGCCUGCUGUACCCUGAGGCUGUUUGUUCCGAUCAAAGGAAGACCAGCGCCUGAAGUGAAAUGGACAAGAGAACACGGCGAAUCCUUGGAUAAAGCCAGCAUUGAAUCGACCAGCUCAUACACACUGCUCAUCAUCGGAAACGUAAACAGAUUUGACAGUGGCAAAUACAUGCUGACCAUAGAAAACAGCUCAGGCAGCAAGUCGGCUUUCGUCAACGUCAGAGUGCUCGAUACACCGGGGCCGCCACAGGAUUUGAAAAUCAAGGAAGUCACCAAAUCAUCUGUCACCCUGACGUGGGAGCCCCCUCUCAUAGAUGGUGGUUCCAAAAUAAAGAACUACAUCGUUGAAAAGCGCGAAUCAACAAGGAAAGCGUAUUCCACAGUCGCCACCAAUUGCCACAAGACCUCCUGGAAAGUCGAUCAGCUUCAAGAAGGCUGCAACUACUAUUUCAGAGUCUUAGCCGAGAACGAGUAUGGAAUCGGCCUGCCUGCUGAAACCGCGGAGUCGGUCAAAGUGUCCGAGAGGCCUCUCCCUCCGGGGAAGAUAACGUUAGUGGACGUGACGAGAAAUAGCGUGACCCUCUCUUGGGAGAAGCCAGAACAUGAUGGAGGCAGUAGAAUUCUGGGCUACAUCGUGGAGAUGCAGAGCAAAGGCAGUGACAAAUGGGCCACCUGUGCUACUGUAAAGGUGACUGAAGCCACCAUUACUGGGUUGAUUCAAGGGGAGGAGUACCUGUUCCGGGUUUCAGCUCAGAACGAAAAAGGAAUCAGCGACCCUCGACAACUGAGCGUGCCGGUUGUUGCCAAAGACCUUGUCAUUCCUCCAGCCUUCAAACUUUUAUACAAUACCUUCACCGUUCUGGCAGGAGAAGAUCUGAAGGUUGAUGUCCCAUUCGUUGGACGGCCCAAACCGUCUGUCACCUGGCUUAAGGAUGAUGUCCCUCUGAAGCAGACCACAAGGGUCAAUGCAGAGAGCACCGAAAACAACACCCUGCUCACAAUAAAGGAAGCCUGUCGGGAAGACGUCGGGCAUUACGUAGUUAAACUCGCCAACUCAGCGGGGGAAGCCACUGAAACCCUCAGUGUCAUCGUUCUCGACAAACCGGGGCCUCCAACUGGACCGGUAAAGAUGGAGGAAGUGACAGCAGAUAGCAUUACUAUUUCUUGGCAACCACCAAAGUACGAUGGCGGAAGUUCUAUCAAUAAUUACAUUGUAGAGAAAAGGGACACUUCCACUACAACCUGGCAGAUUGUCUCAGCAACUGUAGCAAGAACCACCAUAAAGGCUAGCCGGCUGAAGACCGGCUGCGAGUACCAGUUCCGAAUUGCAGCUGAGAACAGGUAUGGGAAAAGUACAUACCUCAUGUCGGAGCCCAUUGUUGCCCAAUACCCAUUCAAUGUUCCCGGACCUCCUGGAACACCUUUCGUUGCCAUCUGCUCCAAAGAUAGCAUGGAGGUUCAAUGGCAUGAGCCAGUCAACGAUGGCGGGAGCAAGGUCAUCGGCUACCACCUGGAACGCAAGGAACGGAACAGUAUCCUCUGGGUGAAGUUGAACAAAACCCCUAUUCCGCAAACCAAGUUCAAAACAACUGGCCUCGAAGAAGGCAUCGAGUACGAGUUCCGAGUCAGCGCGGAAAAUAUCGUGGGUGUUGGCAAACCAAGUAAAGUGUCCGAGUGCUACGUAGCCCGUGACCCAUGCGAUCCCCCGGGUCGACCGGAAGCCAUCAUCGUCACAAGGAACUCUGUGACCCUCCAGUGGAAGAAACCUGUCUACGACGGCGGGAGCAAGAUCACCGGCUAUGUGGUGGAGAAGAAAGAGCUACCCGAUGGCCGCUGGAUGAAAGCCAGCUUCACGAACGUCAUCGACACUCAUUUUGAGGUAACCGGCCUAGUUGAAGAUCAGAGAUAUGAAUUCCGGGUCAUAGCACGAAAUGCCGCGGGGGUGUUUAGCGAGCCCUCUGAAAGCACAGGUGCGAUUACAGCAAGAGAUGAAGUGGAGCCACCUCGAAUAAGCAUGGAUCCAAAAUAUAAAGAGACCCUAGUUGUUCACGCUGGUGAGUCCUUCAAGAUUGACGCCGAUGUUUACGGCAAACCUGUGCCUACCACUCAGUGGACCAAGGGUGAUCAGGACCUCGCCAGCACGGCCCGUUUAGAAAUCAAAAGCUCUGACUUUGCCACCUGCCUCAGCGUAAAAGAAGCGGUCCGGGUAGAUAGCGGGAAUUACAUACUGAAAGCGAAAAAUGUUGCGGGAGAGAGAACCGCCACCGUUAACGUCAAAGUUCUCGAUCGUCCCGGCCCACCCGAAGGACCUGUUGCAGUGUCGGGAGUUACUGCCGAGAAAUGCACGCUCGCCUGGAAACCCCCGCUGCAGGAUGGUGGCAGUGACAUUUUACAUUACAUUGUGGAAAGGAGAGAAACCAGCCGCUUAGUUUGGACUGUGGUUGAUUCAAACGUGCAGACUCUGAGCUGCAAAGUGACCAAACUGCUCGAAGGAAAUGAAUAUAUUUUCCGCAUAAUGGCUGUCAACAAAUAUGGUGUCGGCGAGCCCCUGGAAUCUGAGCCGGUCAUCGCCAAGAAUCCGUUCGUGGUACCAGAUGCGCCAAAGGCUCCGGAAGUCACGACGGUCACCAAAGACUCCAUGAUCGUCGUUUGGGAAAGACCGUCAUCAGAUGGUGGCAGUGAAAUCCUUGGUUACGUCCUUGAAAAACGGGAUAAGGAAGGUAUCCGGUGGACAAGGUGCCACAAGCGUCUGAUCGGAGAGUUGCGCUUGAGAGUUACCGGCCUCAUCGAAAACCACAUCUAUGAAUUCAGGGUCUCCGCGGAGAAUGCUGCCGGCCUGAGUGAACCCAGUCCCCCGUCCGCUUACAACAAAGCUUGUGAUCCUAUUUACAAGCCAGGACCACCCAACAACCCCAAAGCCAUAGACGUUACAAGGUCCUCCGUCUUCCUCUCAUGGAGCAAGCCAAUCUACGAUGGGGGCUGUGAAAUCCAGGGCUACAUUGUUGAAAAAUGCGACGUUAGUGUUGGCGAUUGGACGAUGUGCACUCCUCCGACUGGAAUCAAGAAAACCAACAUGGAAGUAGAGAAGUUAGUGGAGAAGCACGAAUAUAACUUCCGCAUCUGUGCUGUUAACAAAGCCGGAGUUGGAGAGCACGCGGAUGUGCCCGGGCCUAUUAUCGUGGAAGAGAAAUUGGAAGCGCCAGACAUUGAUCUGGACUUAGAACUCAGAAAAGUUAUCAACAUAAGGGCAGGUGGUUCCUUACGGCUAUUUGUUCCCAUUCGGGGCCGUCCUACGCCGGAGGUGAAGUGGGGGAAAGUGGACGGGGAGAUCCGGGAUGCUGCUAUGAUCGAUGUCACCAGUAGCUUCACCUCUCUGGUCCUUGACAACGUUAACAGAUAUGACAGUGGGAAAUACACUCUCACCUUAGAGAACAGCAGCGGCAGCAAGUCAGCCUUCGUCACCGUGAGAGUCCUGGACACCCCAAGUCCACCUGUGAACCUCAGAGUCACCGAAAUCACCAAAGACUCAGUGUCUAUCACAUGGGAACCUCCCUUGUUGGAUGGGGGAUCUAAGAUAAAGAACUAUAUCGUAGAGAAACGGGAAGCCACGAGAAAGUCUUACGCUGCGGUCGUAACUAACUGUCAUAAGAACUCGUGGAAAAUAGAACAACUUCAAGAAGGCUGCAGUUACUUCUUCAGGGUCACAGCCGAGAAUGAGUAUGGCAUCGGUGUCCCCGCCCGCACCGCUGACCCAAUUAAAGUGGCUGAAGUCCCACAGCCACCAAGGAAACUCACCGUGGACGAUGUCACGAGAAAUAGUGUCUCUCUUAGCUGGGCCAAGCCGGAACAUGACGGCGGCAGCAAAAUCCUCCAGUACAUUGUUGAGAUGCAAGCGAAACAGAGUGACAAGUGGUCAGAAUGUGCCCGGGUGAAGGCCCUCGAAGCAGUCAUCACCAACUUAACGCAAGGGGAAGAAUAUCUGUUUAGAGUAGUGGCCGUAAAUGAAAAGGGGAGAAGCGAUCCAAGAUCCCUUGCGGUCCCCGUGAUUGCCAAAGAUCUGGUCAUUGAACCAGAUGUAAAACCUUUGUUCAACACUUACAGUAUACAGGUAGGACAAGACCUGAAGGUAGAAGUACCAAUUGCUGGGCGUCCCAAACCAACUAUUACCUGGACUAAAGAUGGCCAACCCCUGAAGCAGACCACGAGGCUUAAUGUGACCGACCUGCCUGACCUUACUAUCCUCAACAUUAAAGAAGUUCACAAGGACGACGGUGGACUUUAUGGAAUUACGGUUGCCAAUGUUGUAGGCCAGAAGGCGGCCUCUAUUGAAAUUAUAACCCUAGAUAAGCCCGAUCCCCCAAGAGGUCCCGUGAAGUUUGAUGACGUAAGUGCGGAAAGUAUCACGCUGUCUUGGAAUCCUCCGUUAUACACCGGCGGCUGCCAGAUUACCAACUACAUCGUGCAUAAGAGAGAUACCACCACAACGCUUUGGGAAACGGUCUCGGCUACUGUUGCUAGAACUACUCUCAAAGUGACCAAACUGAAAACCGGCACGGAAUAUCAAUUCAGAAUAUUUGCUGAGAAUAGAUAUGGACAGAGCUUUGCCUUGGAAUCUGAGCCAAUCGUAGCUCAGUAUCCCUACAAAGAACCAGGCCCUCCCGGCACCCCGUUUGUAACGGCCGUGACCAAGGACUCCAUGGUUGUCCAAUGGCAUGAACCGAUAAACAACGGUGGAAGUCCUGUCCUAGGUUACCACCUGGAGAGGAAGGAAAGGAAUAGUAUUUUGUGGACAAAGAUAAACAAGAUUCUCAUUCACGACACUCAGUUUAAGGCAGUAAAUCUUGAAGAAGGCAUUGAGUAUGAAUUCCGGGUUUACGCUGAAAAUAUCGUGGGUGUAGGCAAAGCCAGCAAGAGUUCAGAAUGCUACGCGGCCCGUGAUCCUUGUGACCCCCCAGGGUGCCCCGAAGCCAUAAUGGUCAAGAGAAAUGAGAUCACUCUUCAGUGGACCAAACCCGUGUAUGAUGGCGGAAGCAUGAUAACCGGUUAUAUUGUAGAGAAACGGGAUUUGCCCGACGGUCGCUGGAUGAAAGCCAGCUUCACCAAUGUCAUCGAAACUCAAUUCACCGUAACUGGCCUCACCGAAGACGAGCGAUAUGAAUUCAGAGUCAUCGCAAAGAAUGCUGCUGGUGCCAUAAGCAAACCUUCUGACAGUACAGGGCCAAUAACUGCCAAGGAUGAAGUUGAGCUGCCAAGGAUCUCAAUGGAUCCAAAAUACAGGGACACAAUUGUUGUAAACGCUGGAGAAUCUUUCAGGCUGGAAGCUGACGUCCAUGGAAAGCCCCUGCCUACCAUUGAGUGGUUCAAAGGAGAUCGAGAACUCGAGGACACAGCUCGAUGUGAGAUAAAGAACACAGAAUUCAGAGCCUUAGUUAUCGUGAAAGAUGCCAUUAGGAUCGACGGUGGCCAGUAUAUUUUAAGAGCCUCCAACGUGGCCGGAACCAAGUCAUUCCCAGUCAACGUCAAGGUGUUAGACAGACCCGGACCCCCAGAGGGUCCGGUCCAGGUGACCGGAGUCACUGCGGAAAAAUGUCUACUAGCGUGGUCUCCACCUCUCCAAGAUGGCGGCAGUGACAUUUCUCACUAUAUCGUUGAGAAGAGAGAAACCAGUCGACUUGCCUGGACCGUCGUUGCCUCCGAAGUGGUAACCACUACAUUGAAAGUCAUUAAGCUUUUGGAAGGAAAUGAGUACAUUUUCCGGAUUAUGGCAGUUAACAAAUACGGCGUCGGUGAGCCUUUGGAGUCUGAACCAGUGCUCAUGAAGAAUCCAUUUGUACUUCCGGGCCCACCCAGGUCCUUAGAAGUCACUAACAUUGCAAAGGACUCCAUGACUGUCUGUUGGAACCGUCCGGAUCAUGACGGUGGAAGUGAGAUUAUCGGUUACAUUGUGGAAAAGAGGGACCGGAGUGGCAUUCGAUGGAUCAAAUGUAAUAAGCGCCGGAUAACGGAUUUGCGAUUAAGAGUCACCGGACUAACUGAGGAUCACGAAUAUGAAUUCAGAGUAUCCGCAGAAAACGCGGCCGGCAUUGGGGAGCCAAGCCAGACUACGGCUUACUACAAAGCCUGUGAUCCAGUGUUCAAACCUGGGCCACCCACAAAUGCCCACGUCGUGGACACCACCAAAAAUUCAAUUACUCUUGCCUGGGGCAAGCCAAUUUAUGAUGGCGGUAGCGAAGUCCUCGGAUACGUAGUGGAGCUCUGCAAGGCGGAUGAGGAAGAAUGGCAAGUCGUUACUCCACCGACGGGGCUGCGUGUCACCCGAUUUGAGGUUACCAAGCUCACCGAGCACCAGGAGUAUAAAAUACGAGUCUGUGCCCUCAAUAAAAUGGGCAUAGGGGAAGCUGCGUCAAUCCCUGAUGUCGUUAAACCUGAAGACAAGCUCGAAGCUCCUGAACUUGACUUGGAUUCAGAGCUGAGAAAGGGGAUAGUAGUCAGGGCUGGCAGCUCGGUUAGAAUUCACAUUCCAUUCAAAGGACGACCAACGCCUGACAUCUCUUGGUCUCGCGAGGAAGGCGAUUUCACUGAUAAGGUUCAAAUUGAAAAGGGCCUAAACUACACCCAGUUAUCCAUUGACAACUGUGAUAGAAAUGAUGCCGGAAAAUACCUUCUCAAGUUGGAAAACAGCAGUGGAACCAAAUCUGCAUUCGUUACCGUGAAAGUCCUCGACACCCCAGGCCCCCCGCAGAACCUGGAGGUCAAAGAAGUGAGAAAAGACUCGGUCACACUGGUUUGGGAGCCCCCUAUCAUCGACGGCGGGGCAAAGAUAAAGAACUACAUCAUUGACAAACGGGAGUCGACCCGCAAGGCUUAUGCCAACGUGAGUGCUAAAUGUAGCAAAACAAGCUUUAAAGUGGAGAAUCUCACAGAAGGCGCAAUCUAUUACUUCAGAGUUAUGGCCGAGAAUGAAUUUGGAGUCGGGGUCCCGGUGGAAACACUCGACGCUGUGAAAGCCGCCGAACCGCCCUCGCCCCCAGGAAAGGUCACCCUUACAGAUGUGUCCCAGACCAGUGCAUCACUCUCAUGGGAGAAGCCCGAGCACGACGGUGGCAGCAGAAUUUUGGGCUAUAUCGUCGAAAUGCAGCCGAAAGGGAUGGAGAAUUGGAGCGUGGUCGCUGAGUCCAAAGUAUGCAGUGCCGUGAUUUCUGGCUUGAGCUCAGGACAUGAAUACCAGUUCCAAGUCAAGGCUUUCAAUGAGAAAGGGAAAAGUGACCCAAGACUGCUUGGCAUUCCCGUGAUAGCUAAUGACUUGACUAUUCCACCCAGCUUUAAACUGCCAUUUAACACCUAUAGCGUACAAGCUGGAGAAGAGCUCAAAGUCGAAAUACCGUUCCUGGGCCGACCUAAACCUAAGAUUUCCUGGGUGAAGGAUGGUGAGACCCUUAAAGAGACAACCAGAACAAACAUCGAGGAAACGGCCACGUCAACUAUCUUGCACAUUAAAGAGAGCAACAAGGACGACUUCGGCAAAUACACCAUCACGGCGUCAAACAGUGCAGGCACAGCCACAGAAAACCUCAGCAUCAUCAUUUUGGAAAAGCCCGGACCUCCAGUUGGGCCUGUUCGGUUUGACGAAAUCAGUGCUGACUUUGUCAUCAUUUCCUGGGAACCACCGGCCUACACGGGUGGCUGUCAAAUAAGCAACUACAUUGUGGAAAAACGAGACACCACCUCCACAACUUGGCACAUGGUCUCAGCCACAGUUGCAAGAACAACAAUUAAAGUGACCAAACUUAGAACAGGCACUGAAUACCAGUUCAGAAUUUUUGCAGAAAACAGAUAUGGGAAGAGCAGCCCACUGGACUCCAAACCCGUGGUUGUACAGUACCCCUUUAAAGUACCAGGGCCACCUGGAACUCCUUUUGUUACCUCCAUUUCAAAGGACCAGAUGAUGGUGCAGUGGCACGAGCCAGUCAACGACGGCGGGAGCAAAGUGCUUGGCUACCACCUCGAACAGAAAGAAAAGAAUAGCAUUCUUUGGGCCAAACUAAACAAGACCCUCAUUCAAGACACCAAAUUCAAAACAACUGGCCUCGAGGAAGGCCUCGAGUAUGAGUUCAGAGUUUCUGCAGAAAACAUCGUCGGCGUCGGCAAGCCUAGCAAAGUCUCCGAAUGCUUUUGUGCCCGAGACCCCUGUGAUCCACCUGGUCGCCCAGAAGCCAUCGUCAUUACCAGAAACUCAGUCAGCCUUAAGUGGAAAAAGCCUGUCUAUGAUGGCGGGAGCAAAAUAACAGGAUAUAUUGUAGAGAAGAAAGAUCUGCCUGAAGGUCGCUGGAUGAAAGCCAGCUUCACAAAUGUACUAGAAACUGAAUUUACUGUGACGGGGCUUGUAGAGAACCAAAGGUACGAAUUUAGAGUUAUUGCAAGAAAUGCUGCUGGGAAUUUCAGUGAACCGUCAGAAAGCUCAGGGGCAAUUACUGCUAGAGAUGAAAUCGAUGCACCAAGUGCUUCCCUGGAUCCCAAAUACAGAGAUGUCAUUGUGGUUCGGGCUGGAGACACCUUUGUCCUUGAAGCCGACAUCCACGGCAAGCCCAUCCCUGAAGUCCUGUGGUCAAAGGAUGGGAAGGACCUGGAAGAGACCACUGCGAGAAUGGAAAUCAAAUCUACUCUUCAGAAAACUACCCUGGUGGUCAAAGACUGUGUAAGAACUGAUGGAGGUCAAUACAUUCUGAAACUCAGUAACGUGGGUGGUACCAAGUCGAUACCAAUCACCGUAAAAGUCCUAGAUAGGCCGGGUCCCCCUGAGGGACCUCUGAGAGUUUCAGGGGUCACUGCCGAAAAAUGUUACCUGGCCUGGAACCCACCUCUGCAAGACGGGGGUGCCAGCAUUUCACAUUACAUCAUUGAGAAGAGGGAGACAAGUAGGCUGUCCUGGACCCAAGUCUCAACCGACGUACAGGCCUUGAACUAUAAGGUAACCAAGCUCCUUCCAGGCAAUGAAUAUAUCUUCCGGGUCAUGGCGGUAAAUAAAUAUGGAAUCGGAGAGCCGCUCGAAUCUGAGCCCACUCUGGCCUGUAAUCCCUACAAGCCCCCAGGGCCUCCAUCCACCCCGGAAGUUUCAGCCAUCACAAAAGACUCAAUGGUGGUCACAUGGAAUCGCCCGGUGGACGAUGGUGGGGCUGAAAUCGAGGGUUACAUUCUUGAAAAGCGUGACAAAGAGGGCAUCAGGUGGACCAAGUGCAACAAGAAAAGUCUGACAGACCUGCGAUUCAGAGUAACGGGGCUCACAGAAGGCCAUUCCUACGAAUUCAAAGUUUCUGCGGAAAAUGCCGCUGGUGUCGGUGAACCCAGUGAACCGUCUGUCUUCUAUCGUGCAUGCGACGCCUUGUAUCCUCCAGGCCCGCCAAGCAAUCCCAAAGUGACGGAUACUUCCAGGUCUUCUGUAUCUCUAGCAUGGAAUAAGCCCAUUUACGAUGGCGGGGCCCCGGUUAAGGGGUACGUGGUGGAGGCCAAAGAAGCUUCGGCCGAUGAGUGGGUGAUCUGUACACCACCGACAGGCCUUCAGGGAAAGAAGUUCACGGUUACUAAACUGAAAGAAAAUAGUGAAUACAACUUCCGCAUCUGUGCCAUUAACUCUGAAGGUGUCGGGGAGCCUGCAGUUAUCCCCGGUGCGGUCCUCGUGACUGAAAGGAUUGAGCCUCCCGAAAUAGAACUUGACGCAGAUCUCAGAAAGGUAGUCGUUCUGCGUGCGAGUGCCACCUUGCGCUUAUUUGUCACCAUCAAAGGGAGACCAGAACCUGAAGUCAAGUGGGAAAAAGCAGAAGGCACCCUCACUGAAAGAGCUCAAAUCGAGGUGACCAGCUCAUAUACCAUGUUGGUCAUUGAUAAUGUCACCAGGUUUGACAGCGGUAGAUAUAACCUGACUCUAGAAAAUAAUAGUGGCUCCAAAACCGCUUUUGUGAACGUCCGAGUCCUUGAUUCACCGAGUGCUCCUGUGAAUCUGACCGUGAGAGAGGUGAAGAAAGAUUCAGUAACAUUGUCUUGGGAACCACCCCUUAUUGACGGCGGUGCUAAAAUUACAAACUACAUCGUUGAAAAGCGAGAAUCGACAAGAAAAGCCUAUGCCACCAUUACAAAUAACUGCACCAAAAACUCUUUCAAGAUUGAAAAUCUGCAGGAAGGAAGUACUUACUAUUUCCGGGUCUUGGCGUCAAAUGAGUAUGGAAUCGGUUUGCCAGCAGAAACAACUGAACCAGUUAAAGUGUCUGAACCACCACUCCCUCCUGGAAGAGUGACUCUUGUAGAUGUGACCCGCAACACCGCAACACUUAAAUGGGAGAAACCAGAAAGUGAUGGAGGCAGUAAAAUUACUGGCUACGUGGUGGAAAUGCAAACAAAAGGUAGUGAAAAAUGGAGCACCUGUGCACACGUUAAGACCCUCGAAGCGACUAUAUCUGGUCUAUCCAUGGGAGAAGAGUACACCUUCAGGGUGGCUGCCGUCAAUGAGAAAGGCCAAAGCGAUCCCAGACAACUUGGAGUCCCAGUAAUUGCCAAGGAUAUUGAAAUUAAACCUUCCAUUGAGCUUCUCUUCAAUACGUUCAACGUAAAAGCUGGAGAGGGACUUAUGAUCGACGUGCCAUUUAAGGGAAGACCUCUACCUUCUGUAAGUUGGCAGAAAGAUGGGCAGGCCUUAAAAGAGACCACGAGGGUGAAUGUUCAGUCCACAAAGACUGUGACAUCACUGACCAUCAAGGAAGCUUCGAGAGAGGACGUUGGGACGUAUGAAGUGUGCGUUUCAAACAGCGCCGGAUCAACAACAGCCUCUUUAACUGUAGUCGUGCUGGAUCGUCCUGGGCCCCCCGGUCCAGUCCAAAUUGAUGAAGUGAGCUCCGACAACGUAACUAUAUCUUGGAGUCCUCCAGAGUAUGACGGUGGCUGCCAUAUUAGCAACUACAUUGUUGAGAAGCGAGAUACCUCCUCCACAACAUGGCAUGUAGUCUCCCAGGCUGUGGCAAGAACAUCUAUUAAGAUAUCCCGUCUCACUACGGGCAGUGAAUAUCAGUUCCGGGUCUGUGCAGAGAAUCGCUACGGCAAGAGCACCUACAGUGAUUCCUCGGCUGUGGUGGCACAAUAUCCUUUCAGUCCUCCAGGACCACCUGGAACCCCCAAAGUUGUCCUUGCAACGAAAUCCACCAUGACCGUAAGUUGGCAAGUGCCAGUUAACGACGGAGGAAGCCAGGUCAUCGGCUACCACCUUGAACAUAAAGAGAGAAGUAGCAUUCUUUGGACGAAAGUGAACAAAAGCCUCAUAGCUGAUACACAGAUGAAGGUCACAGGCCUGGACGAAGGACUGAUGUAUGAAUAUCGUGUCUAUGCUGAGAAUAUUGCGGGAAUUGGCAAGUGCAGUAAGUCAUGUGAGCCAGUGGCUGCCCGGGACCCGUGCGAUCCUCCUGGCCAACCCGAAGUUACCAACAUUACAAGAAAAUCGGUCACACUGAAAUGGACCAAACCCCGUUAUGAUGGUGGGGCGAAGAUCACAGGGUACAUCAUUGAGCGCAGAGAGUUACCAGAUGGCCGGUGGUUGAAGUGCAACUUUACUAAUAUACAAGAGACUUACUUUGAGGUAACUGAACUCACCGAAGAUCAGCGUUAUGAGUUCCGGGUUUUGGCAAGGAAUGCCGCGGACUCAGUCAGUGAACCAUCUGAAUCAACUGGGCCCAUUACGGUUAAGGAUGACAUGGAGACUCCAAGGAUUAUGAUGGAUGUCAGGUUCCGGGAUGUUGUGGUGGUCAAAGCUGGCGAGACCCUGAAAAUCAAUGCAGAUAUUGCAGGGCGGCCCCUGCCGGUCAUUUCCUGGUCAAAGGAUGGCAAAGAAAUUGAGGAAAGAGCAAGAAUUGAAAUCGUUUCCACAGACAGCACCACUAUGUUGGUUGUCAAAGAAUGUGUGAGGCGGGAUUCUGGUCAGUACGUUCUGACGCUCAAAAACGUAGCUGGAACCCGAUCGAUGACUGUGAACUGCAAGGUCCUUGAUCGACCCGGCCCUCCAGCAGGGCCCCUUGAGAUCAGUGGCCUGACGGCUGAGAAAUGCUCUCUCUCUUGGGGUCCCCCGCAAGAAGACGGAGGUGCCAAUGUUGACUAUUAUGUUGUGGAAAAGCGUGAGACGAGCCGUCUUGCCUGGACCAUUUGUGAGGAAGAAUUGAGAACCACCUCCUGCAAAGUCACCAAACUCCUUAGAGGCAAUGAAUACAUUUUUAGAGUGAUUGGCGUCAACAAGUACGGUGUCGGUGAGCCCCUAGAAAGCAUAGCAGUAAAGGCACUAGACCCAUUUACAGUUCCUAGCCCUCCCACAUCUGUAGAGAUCACUUCAGUGACCAAGGAUUUUAUGACCCUCUGUUGGUCUAGGCCCGAGAAUGAUGGAGGCAGUGAAAUCUCCGGAUAUGUGAUUGAACGGCGUGAGAAAAACAGCCUACGCUGGGUGCGAGUGAAUAAAAAACCAGUGUACGAUCUUAGAGUGAAAUCAUCUGGGCUGCGGGAAGGAUGUGAAUACGAGUACCAGGUUUAUGCUGAGAAUGCCGCUGGUCUGAGCCUUCCAAGUGAACCAACCCCACUGACUAAGGCAGAAGAUCCAGUUUUCUUACCGUCUCCCCCGUCUAAACCUAAGAUCGUAGACUCGGGCAAGACAAACAUAACUACCAGUUGGGUGAAGCCACUGUUUGAUGGUGGGGCCCCGAUCAUUGGCUACACUGUGGAGUACAAGAUGACUGACGAAACCGACUGGUCAACCGCAAUUCUGUGUUUAAGAGGAACCGAAUACACCGUAAGUGGCUUAACGUCAGGGGCUGAAUAUGUGUUUAGAGUGAAAUCCAUCAACAAAGUUGGGGCAAGUGAUCCAAGUGAGACUUCAGAUCCUCAAGUCGCCAAGGAAAGAGAGGAAGAACCCGUGUUUGAUCUCGACAGUGAAAUGCGGAAGACUUUGAUUGUCAAGGCUGGGGCCUCGUUCACAAUGACUGUACCUUUCCGAGGAAGGCCGGUACCCAACGUCAUGUGGAGUAAACCGGAUUCCGAUCUCCGUACCAGAGCUUGCAUCGAUUCUACCACCACUCGAACAUCGCUCACCAUUGAAAGUGCUACCAGGAAUGACUCAGGAAAAUACACCUUAACAAUUCAGAAUGUUUUAAGCGCCGCUUCACUGACUUUGGUUGUCAAAGUUCUUGACUCUCCUGGUCCCCCAGCUAAUGUUACCGUAAAAGAGGUAACCAGAGAGUCAGCAGUGUUAUCCUGGGAUGUUCCUGAAAAUGAUGGCGGUGCUCCUGUGAAGAACUACCAUGUUGAGAAACGGGAAGCCAGCAAGAAAGCGUGGGUCUCUGUCACCAAUAACUGUAAUCGCCUUGCCUACAAAAUCUCCAACCUACAAGAAGGUGCUGUUUACUACUUCAGAGUGGCUGGAGAAAAUGAGUUUGGAAUUGGCGUCCCAGCCGACACUAAGGAAGGAAUAAAAAUAACAGAAAAACCAAGCCCUCCUGAAAAACUUGGAGUGACAAGUAUUUCCAAGGACAGCAUUUCUUUGACUUGGCUUAAACCGGAGCAUGACGGUGGCAGCCGAAUCGAGCACUACAUCGUUGAAGCACUAGAAAAAGGACAGAAGAACUGGGUUAAAUGUGCAGUUGUAAAAACCACUCAUCAUGUUGUUUCUGGCCUCCGAGAAAAUUCCGAAUACUUCUUCAGGGUGUUUGCUGAAAACCAAGCUGGGCUCAGUGAUCCAAAAGAACUUUUGCUUCCUGUUCUUGUAAAAGAACAAUUGGAAUCUCCUGAAAUUGAUAUGAAGAAUUUCCCAAGUAACACUGUGUAUGUGAGAGCAGGAUCCAACCUUAAGGUUGACAUUCCAAUUUCUGGGAAACCGCUGCCAAAGGUGACGUUAUCCAGAGAUGGCGUCACAGUGAAAGGAACCAUGCGAUUUAACACCGAAACCACUGCCGAAAACGUCACCAUUAAUCUUAAAGAGAGUGUCGCAGCUGACGCCGGAAGGUAUGAGAUCACUGCAGCCAAUUCCAGUGGAACCACGAAAGCUUUUAUUAACAUUGUUGUGCUGGACAGGCCUGGACCCCCAGAGGGCCCAGUUGUAAUUAGCGAUGUCACGGAGGAAAGUGUCACCCUGAAGUGGCAGCCACCUAAGUAUGAUGGGGGAAGUCAAGUGACCAACUAUAUUGUACUCAAGAGAGAGACAAACACGGCGGUCUGGACUGAAGUUUCGGCAACUGUUGCGAGAAACGUGAUUAAAGUCAUGAAGUUGACCACGGGAGAAGAAUAUCAAUUCCGCAUCAAGGCGGAGAACCGCUUUGGCAUCAGCGACCAUAUCGAUUCAGCAUGCGUGACUGUUAAGCUGCCAUACACCACACCAGGACCUCCCUCUACACCGUGGGUCACUAAUGUCACGCGAGAGAGCAUCACAGUCGGUUGGCAUGAGCCGGUUUCUAACGGAGGCAGCGCAGUGGUCGGAUACCAUUUGGAAAUGAAGGACAGGAACAGCAUUUUAUGGCAGAAGGCCAAUAAAAUGAUUAUUCGCACAACUCACUUCAAAGUGACCACCAUCAGCGCCGGACUCAUUUAUGAAUUUAGGGUGUAUGCUGAAAAUGCCGCUGGCAUUGGAAAACCUAGCCAUCCUUCAGACCCAGUUCUUGCUAUCGAUGCCUGUGAACCUCCAAGAAACGUUCGCAUCACAGAUAUCUCCAAGAACUUUGUUAGCCUUUCGUGGCAGAAGCCAGCUUUCGAUGGCGGUAGCAAGAUAACAGGCUACAUUGUCGAGAGACGGGACAUACCAGACGGCAGGUGGACGAAAGCCAGCUUCACCAAUGUCAUUGAGACACAGUUCACUGUAACGGGCUUGACUCAGAGUUCCCAGUAUGAGUUCCGGGUUUUCGCCAAGAAUGCUGUUGGUUCUACUAGCAAUCCAUCUGAGGUCGUAGGCCCUGUCACGUGCGUCGAUACUUAUGGCGGCCCCCAAAUUGACUUGCCACUAGAAUACACGGAGGUGGUCAAGUACAGAGCUGGAACAGCAGUAAAACUUAGAGCCGGUAUCUCUGGCAAGCCGGAGCCAACAAUUGAAUGGUACAAAGACGACAAAGAGCUUCAAACCAAUGCACUGGUGUCUGUUGAAAAUUCAACGGAACUUGCAUCCAUCCUCAUCAAAGAUGCCAACCGUCUUAAUAGCGGAACCUACGAGUUAAAAUUAAGGAAUGCCAUGGGUUCGGCCUCGGCUAGCAUCAGAGUGCAGAUCCUAGACAAGCCCGGCCCGCCAGGCGGCCCCAUAGAGUUUAAGACCGUCACUGCCGAAAAGAUAACCCUGCUAUGGCGACCUCCGGCAGACGAUGGCGGAGCAAAAAUAACCCAUUACAUUGUGGAGAAACGCGAGACGAGCCGUGUGGUGUGGUCCAUGGUGUCUGAAAACCUGGAAGAGUGCAUCGUCACUACUACAAAACUCAUCAAAGGAAAUGAAUACAUCUUCCGGGUCCGGGGCGUGAACAAGUAUGGAGUUGGGGAACCCUUGGAAUCAGAACCUGUGGUGGCUAAAAAUGCUUUUGUUACCCCUGGGCCACCUAGUGUCCCAGAGGUCACCAAGAGUACCAAGAACUCCAUGACAGUCGUCUGGAACAGACCAGUAGUAGACGGAGGCAGUGAAAUCAAUGGCUAUUACCUCGAGAAGCGAGAUAAAAAGAGCUUAGCCUGGUUCAAGGUGCUGAAAGAAACCAUCCGGGACACUAGACAGAAAGUGUCAGGAUUAACCGAAAACAGCGACUAUCAAUACCGAGUGUGUGCCGUCAACGCAGCUGGAUUGGGUCCAUUUUCUGAACCAUCUGAUUUCUACAAAGCUGCAGAUCCAAUCGAUGAACCAGGGCAACCAGCAAAACUCAAGAUCGUAGAUACCACUAAAUCUUCCAUUACUCUCGGCUGGUCUAAGCCAGUGUAUGAUGGAGGCAGUGCCAUUACUGGGUACGUGGUGGAGAAAAGAGAGGGCGCUGAGGAGGAAUGGACUGUUGUCAGCACCAAGGGCGAAGUUAGGACAACCGAGUAUGUGGUGUCUCACCUGAACCCUGGCAUCAACUACUAUUUCCGUGUAUCUGCUCUAAAUUGUGCUGGACAAGGAGAACCUAUUGAAAUGACAGAACCCGUGCAAGCUAAAGAUAUCCUUGAGGAACCGGAGAUCGACCUGGACGUGGCUUUCAGAACCUCUGUUAUUGCAAAAGCAGGAGAGGAUGUCCAAGUGUUGAUUCCCUUCAAAGGGAGACCCCCGCCCACUGUCACAUGGAGAAAAGAAGAAAAGAACCUAAGCAUUGAUGCCAGGUACAACAUUCAGAACACCGACUCAUCUUCGCUACUCACCAUCCUUCAAGUUACCCGCCACGACACGGGGAAGUAUGUUAUGACGAUAGAAAAUGGAGUUGGCGAGCCCAAGUCUUCAACUGUGAGUGUCAAAGUGCUUGACACACCAGCGGCAUGCCAGAAAUUGCAGCUCAAGCAUGUGUCCCGAGGCACCGUCACCCUGCUCUGGGAACCUCCUCUCAUUGACGGCGGCUCUCCCAUAACAAACUACAUCAUCCAAAAGAGAGACGCCACCAAGAGAACCUGGUCCGCUGUGACCACAAAAUGCUCCAACACCUCCUUCAAGGUGACAGACCUGUCAGAGAAGAUUCCGUACUUCUUCCGCGUUCUCGCAGAAAAUGAAAAUGGAAUGGGAGAGCCCUGUGAGACCACUGAGCCCGUGAAAGCUGCCGAGGUCCCGGCCCCAGUGAGAGAUUUGUCGAUGAAAGACUCAACCAAGACCUCUGUCACCCUGCACUGGACCAAACCCGACUUUGACGGUGGCAGUGUUAUCACCGAAUACGUCGUGGAAAGGAAAGGCAAAGGCGAACAGACCUGGUCUCACGCCGGUGUAAGCAAAGCAUGUGAAAUCGAAAUUGACAAUCUCAAGGAGCAGUCAGUCUUGGAAUUCAGAGUGUGUGCUAAAAACGAGAAGGGACUGAGCGACGGGGUGAUUGUUGGACCCAUCACUGUGAAAGAACUUUUGAUAACACCAGACGUUGACCUUUCUGAUAUCCCCGAAGCCACGAUCAAGGUGAGAAUUGGUCACAACAUUCACCUCGAACUGCCUUACAAAGGGAAACCCAAACCAGCCAUUAGUUGGUUGAAGGACAACAUGCCUCUGAAAGAGAGCGAACAGGUCCGCUUCAGUAAGACUGAGAACAAAAUAACUUUGAGUAUCAAGAAUGUGAAAAAGGAGCAUGGUGGCAAGUACACUGUCAUUCUUGAUAAUGCAGUGAGCAGAAAUAGCUUUCCCAUUACAGUCAUCACUCUGGGUCCCCCAUCCAAGCCCAAAGGACCCAUCCGGUUUGAAGAAAUCAAAGCUGACAGUGUCAUCAUGUCAUGGGAUGUCCCCGAAGAUGAUGGAGGAGGAGAAAUUACUUCUUACAGCAUUGAAAAGAGGGAAACCUCCCAAACAAACUGGAAGAUGGUGUGUUCUAGUGCUACCAGAACAACUUUCAAGGUCCCUAAUCUCGUGAAAGACACCGAGUACCAAUUCAGGGUUAAGGCAGAAAACAGAUACGGAGUAAGCCCACCUCUCGUCUCCAAAGAUAUUGUGGCCAAACACCAGUUCAGGAUUCCCGGGCCUCCCGGAAAGCCUGUGGUCUACAAUGUCACAUCUGAUGGCAUGUCAAUCACUUGGGAUGCUCCUGUUUAUGAUGGAGGUUCCGAAGUUACUGGAUUCUAUGUUGAAAAGAAAGAAAGAAAUAGCAUCCUGUGGCAGAAAGUUAACACAUCAUCUAUCUCUGGAAGAGAAUACAGAAUCAUUGGACUCAUCGAAGGACUGGAUUACCAGUUCCGGGUGUGUGCUGAAAAUUCUGCUGGCCUAAGCCCACCUAGCGAUCCAAGCAAAUUUACUCUGGCGGUGUCCCCUGUAGACCCACCCGGCACUCCUGACUACAUUGACGUUACCCGAGAAACUGUCACACUCAAAUGGAAUCCUCCCUUGCGUGAUGGAGGCAGUAAGAUUGUAGCCUACAGUAUUGAGAAACGGCAAGGAAAUGACAGAUGGCUUAGAUGCAACUUUACAGAUGUCAGUGAAUGUCAAUAUACAGUCACAGGACUAAGCCCGGGUGACCGAUACGAGUUCCGUAUCAUUGCAAGAAAUGCCGUUGGAACAAUCAGCCCACCAUCCCAAUCUUCAGGCUAUAUCAUGACCAGAGAUGAAAAUGUUCCUCCAACCGUGGAAUUUGGUCCAGAAUACUUUGAUGGCCUUAUUGUUAAGGCUGGGGAUAGCCUUCGGCUCAAAGCUUUGGUCCAGGGGCGACCAGUGCCCAGAGUCACUUGGUUCAAAGACGGACAAGAGAUUGAAAAGAGAAUGAAUAUGGAAAUAACAGAUGUCCUUGGAUCCAGCACUAUUUUUGUUAGAGAUGCCACCCGUGAUCACCGUGGAGUAUACACAAUAGAAGCCAAAAAUGUGUCCGGAAGUACAAAAGCAGAAAUCUCCAUAAAAGUUCAAGAUACACCAGGAAAAAUAGUUGGACCAAUAAGAUUCACCAACAUUACUGGAGAAAAGAUGACCUUAUGGUGGGACGCUCCCCUCAAUGAUGGCUGUGCUCCUGUAACCCACUAUGUUAUUGAAAAACGGGAAACCAGCAGACUCGCUUGGGCACUCAUUGAAGACAAUUGUGAAGCCCUCAGUUACACAGCAGUCAAACUCAUAAAGGGCAACGAGUACCAGUUCCGGAUUUCUGCAGCCAAUAAGUUUGGUGUUGGCCGGCCACUGGAUUCCGACCCAGUUGUCGCCCAGAUUCAGUACACUGUUCCAGAUGCCCCUGGCACCCCAGAACCUACCAACGUAACUGGAGAUAGCAUCACACUCACCUGGGCCAGGCCAGAAUCGGACGGUGGAAAUGAAAUUCAACAAUACAUCCUGGAAAGGAGAGAAAAGAAGAGCAUGAGAUGGGUAAAAGUCUCCAGCAAACGGCCCAUUAUCGAAACAAGAUUCAGAGUAACUGGUCUCACGGAAGGCAACGAAUAUGAGUUCCACGUGAUGGCGGAAAACGCUGCAGGAGUAGGACCGACCAGUGGUAUUUCAAGGCUCAUUAAAUGUAGAGAGCCAGUGAAUCCACCGAGUGCUCCUACUGUAGUCAAAGUGACAGACACCUCCAAGACAACCGUCAGCUUGGAAUGGGGCAAGCCAGUUUUUGAUGGAGGCCUGGAAAUAAUCGGCUACAUCAUUGAAAUGUGCAAAGCUGACUUGGGAGACUGGCAGAAAGUCAAUGCAGAGGCUUGUGUUAAAACGAGGUAUACAGUCACCGAUUUACAGGCAGGCGAAGAGUACAAGUUCCGAGUCAGCGCCAUCAACGGUGCUGGCAAAGGAGAGAGCUGUGAAGUUUCCGGGACCAUUCAAGCGGUGGACAGACUGUCCGCUCCAGAACUUGACAUUGACGCCAACUUCAAGCAAAUGCACGUUGUUAGAGCAGGGGCGAGUAUCCGUCUGUUUAUUGCCUUCCGAGGAAGACCUACUCCUACCGCGGCAUGGAGCAAGCCGGACUCCAACCUGAGUAUCCGAGCUGACAUUCACAUAACCGAUUCAUUCAGCACCCUCACGGUGGAGAACUGCAACAGAAAUGACGCUGGCAAAUACACCUUUUCAGUAGAGAACAACAAUGGCAGCAAAGCAGUCACUUUUACGGUCAAGGUUCUGGACUCUCCAGGCCCUCCGGGCCCCAUCACCUUCAAGGAUGUGACCAGAGGGUCCGUCACACUGAUGUGGGAUGCUCCGCUCCUUGACGGAGGGGCCCGGGUCCAUCACUACGUCGUGGAGAAGCGGGAAGCGAGCCGCAGGAGCUGGCAGAUCAUAAGCGAAAAGUGUGCACGGCAAAUCUUAAAGGUCACAGAUCUCACGGAAGGGGCGCCAUACUACUUCCGGGUUUCUGCCGUGAACGAAUACGGCAUCGGUGAGCCGUACGAGAUGCCGGAGCCGAUCGUGGCCACGGAAGAACCUGCUCCGCCUAAGAGGCUGGAUGUCAUCGACACCACCAAAUCCUCAGCCGUGUUGGCUUGGCUUAAACCUGAACACGACGGCGGAAGCCGGAUCACUGGCUACCUCCUGGAAAUGAGACAGAAGGGCUCUGAAUUUUGGGUGGAAGCCGGCCAAACCAAACAACUUACUCUGACAGUGGAACGUCUCAUAGAGAACACAGAAUACGAGUUCCGGGUGAAGGCCAAGAACAACGCUGGCUACAGUGAGCCCAGGGAAGCUUUCUCCUCUGUCAUCAUCAAGGAGCCGCAGGUUGAGCCCACUGCAGAUCUCAGUGGGAUCACCAACCAGCUCAUCACGUGCAAAGCCGGGAGCCCGUUCACCAUUGACAUUCCAAUCGGUGGCCGUCCCACUCCCAAGGUUACAUGGAAACUUGAAGAAACCAGACUGAAGGAAACCGAGCGAAUGUGCAUAACCACCACCAAGGAGAGAACGACUCUGACCGUUAAGGAGAGCAUGAGAGGGGACUCUGGAAACUAUCACUUGACGCUCGAGAACACUGCAGGGGUGAAGACAUUCAGCGUGACCGUCGUGGUCAUUGGAAGGCCGGGCCCGGUGACGGGUCCCAUCGAAGUCUCGUCCGUCUCUGCUGAGUCAUGUGUCUUGACCUGGCAGGAGCCUAAAGACGACGGCGGCACUGAGAUCACCAAUUACAUCGUGGAGAAACGAGAAUCAGGAACGACAGCUUGGCAGCUGGUAAAUUCCAGCGUCAAACGCACCCAGAUCAAAGUCACUCACCUCACGAAAUACAUGGAAUACACGUUCCGCGUCUGUUCAGAAAACAGAUUUGGGAUCAGCAAGCCUCUGGAAUCGGCUCCAAUAGUGGCUGAGCAUCCCUUCGUUCCUCCCAGUGCGCCCACCAGGCCUGAAGUCUACUUUGUAUCCGCCAAUGCCAUGGCUAUCCGUUGGGAGGAGCCGUAUCACGAUGGUGGCAGCAAGGUUAUCGGGUACUGGGUUGAGAAAAAAGAACGCAACACUAUCCUCUGGGUGAAGGAAAACAAAGUGCCAUGCUUGGAGUGCAACUUCAAAGUCACUGGCUUGGUGGAAGGUCUGGAAUAUCAAUUCAGAACAUACGCACUCAACGCAGCUGGCGUGAGCAAAGCCAGCGAAGCUUCAAGACCUUUAGUGGCUCAAAAUCCAGUUGAUGCCCCUGGAAGGCCGGAAGUAACCGAUGUCACGAGAUCGACGGUUUCACUGAGCUGGUCAGCCCCCAUUUACGACGGCGGCAGCAAAAUUGUGGGUUACAUCGUUGAGCGGAAGCCGUUCAACGACGCUGGAGACGGUCGCUGGCUGAAAUGCAACUACACCAUCGUUUCGGAAAAUUUCUUCACCGUGACAGCUCUGAGCGAGGGAGACACUUACGAAUUCCGUGUGUUGGCCAAGAACGCAGCCGGGGUCAUCAGCAAGGGCUCCGAAUCCACUGGGGCCGUCACCUGCAAAGACGAAUAUUCCCCUCCCAAAGCUGAGCUGGAUGCCAGGCUGCAGGGUGAGAUCGUAACCAUCCGAGCUGGAUCUGAUCUUGUCCUCGACGCGGCAGUGGGCGGCAAACCUGAACCCAAAAUCUUCUGGACCAAAGGCGACAAGGAACUGGAUCUCUGUGAGAAAGUCUCUUUGCAGUACACCAGCAAACGGGCCACUGCAGUGAUCAAAUUCUGUGACAGAAGUGACAGUGGAAAAUACACCUUGACCGUCAAGAACGCCAGCGGAACCAAGACUGUCUCUGUCAUCGUCAAAGUCCUCGAUUCUCCGGGCCCGUGUGCAAAUCUCACUGUGAGCAGAGUGACGGAAGAGAAGUGCACUCUGGCGUGGAAGCAGCCUCAGGAGGACGGAGGGGCGGAACUGACACACUACACUGUGGAAAGACGUGAAACUAGCAGGCUCAACUGGGUUAUUGUUGAGGCUGAAUGCCAGACGCUCUCAUAUGUUGUGACCAGGCUCAUCAAAAACAAUGAAUACGUAUUCCGUGUGAGGGCAGUCAACAAGUAUGGCCUGGGGGUCCCUGUUGAGACGGAACCGAUUGUUGCCCGAAAUACAUUCACCAUUCCAUCUCCACCUGGUAUGCCAGAAAAAGUGAGUGUUGGCAAAGAGCACAUCAUCAUUCAGUGGCUGAAACCAGAAUCUGAUGGCGGCAAUGAGAUCAGCAACUAUCUAGUAGACAAACGCGAAAAGAAGAGCUUGCGCUGGACCCGCGUCAACAAGGAUUCUGUUGUAUACGACACCAGGCUGAAAGUGACUGGUUUAAUGGAAGGCAGUGACUACCAGUUCCGGGUCACAGCUGUAAACGCUGCUGGUAACAGUGAACCUAGUGAAUCUUCCAACUUCAUCUUAUGCAAGGAACCAUCAUAUACUCCUGGACCACCAUCUUCCCCAAGAGUUGUGGAUACCACCAAACGCAGUAUUAGUUUGGCAUGGACCAAACCCAUGUAUGACGGAGGUGCCGAUAUCAUCGGCUAUGUCCUGGAGAUGCAAGAAAAGGGAACCGAGCAGUGGUUCAGAGUGCACACUAAUGCGACUCUAAGGAAUGCCGAGUUCACUGUGCCUGACCUCAAGACGGGCGAGAAAUACUGUUUCCGAGUGGCUGCCGUGAAUGCAAACGGAAUGAGCGAAUACAGCGAAUCAACAGCUGAAAUAGAACCCGUGGAGAGGCUAGAAAUCCCCGAUCUCGAGCUGGCUGAUGAUCUAAAGAAGACUGUCACAGUCAGAGCCGGGGUGUCUCUCCGCCUGAUGGUAUCCGUUUCCGGAAGACCUCCUCCUAUCAUCACGUGGAGCAAGAAGGACAUUGACCUGGCGAGUAGAGCCAUCAUUGACACCACGGACAGCUACACGUUGCUCAUCAUUGACAAAGUCAAUCGGUACGAUGCUGGGAAAUACAUGAUUGAAGCCGAAAAUCAAUCUGGCAAGAAAUCGGCCACAGUCCUCGUCAAAGUCUAUGAUACGCCUGGUCCACCUCCAUCAGUGAAAGUUAAAGAAGUGUCGAGGGAUUCUGUGACCAUUACCUGGGAGAUCCCUCCGAUUGAUGGUGGAGCACCGGUCACUAACUAUAUCAUCGAGAAACGGGAGGCAGCGAUGAGGGCAUUCAAAACCGUAACCACCAAAUGUAGCAAGACACUGUAUAGGAUUUCUGGCCUCGUGGAAGGAACCAUGUAUUAUUUCAGAGUCCUGCCGGAGAACAUCUAUGGAAUCGGGGAGCCUUGUGAAACGUCCGAUGCCGUCCUGGUCUCAGAAGUCCCCUUGGUGCCUCAAAAGCUGGAAGUGGUUGAUGUCACCAGGUCAAGUGUCUCUCUCGCCUGGGAGAAACCACUCUAUGAUGGUGGCAGCAGGCUCACUGGCUAUGUUCUCGAGGCCUGCAAAGCCGAUACGGAAAGGUGGAUGAAGGUGGUAACGUUGAAGCCUACGGUCUUGGAACACACAGUCAUCUCUCUGAACGAAGGAGAACAGUACUUAUUUAGAGUUAGGGCCCAAAAUCAGAAAGGGGUGUCCGAGCCCAGAGAGAUCGUCACAGCAGUCACCGUGCAAGACUUAAGAGUGUUGCCGACGAUUGAUCUAUCUGGGAUGCCUCAAAAGACUGUCCAUGUUCCAGCUGGCAGACCAAUAGAGUUGGUUAUCCCAAUUGCUGGUCGACCCCCUCCAGUUGCUUCCUGGUUCUUUUCGGGGUCCAAACUGCGAGAAUCAGAACGCAUCACAGUGGAAACUCACACAAAAACAUCCAAGUUAACCAUCCGGGAGACCACGAUAAGAGACACUGGAGAAUACACCCUUGAGCUGAAGAACGUGACGGGAACUACCUCAGAAACAAUCAAAGUUAUCAUUCUCGAUAAGCCCGGCCCACCCACCGGCCCCAUCAAGAUUGAGGAAAUUGAUUCCUCCUCCGUAACCAUUUCCUGGGAGCCACCCCAGAUGGACGGCGGCGCCCCUCUGAGCGGCUACGUGGUGGAGCAGCGAGAUGCCCAUCGCCCUGGAUGGCUGCCGGUGUCCGAGUCGGUGACUCGACCGACGUUUAAAUUCUCCAGGCUGACGGAAGGAAACGAGUAUGUGUUCCGGGUGGCCGCUACCAACCGCUUCGGGAUUGGAUCGUACCUGCAGUCCGAGGUCGUAGAAUGCAGAAGCAGCAUCAGUAUUCCUGGACCCCCAGAAACGCCCCAAGUUUUUGAUGUUUCUCGGGACGGCAUGACCCUUACCUGGCUUCCACCAGAAGAUGACGGAGGCUCACAGGUCUCUGGCUACAUUGUGGAACGCAAAGAGGUCAGAGCCGACCGGUGGGUCCGGGUCAAUAAAGUCCCUGUGACAAUGACUCGCUACCGGUCCACUGGACUUAUUGAAGGAUUGGAAUAUGAACAUCGCAUCACAGCCAUCAACGCCCGAGGCCCUGGCAAACCGAGUCGUCCAUCCAAGCCAGUCGUUGCCAUGGAUCCAAUUGCUCCUCCCGGCAAGCCCCAAAAUCCAAGAGUUACAGACACCACAAGGACAUCAGUCUCCCUGGCCUGGAGUGUGCCAGAGGAUGAGGGAGGAUCUAAAGUCACUGGCUACCUGAUUGAAAUGCAGAAGGUGGACCAGCACGAAUGGACAAAAUGCAAUACGACGCCAACAAAGAUCCGAGAAUACACACUGACCCAUCUCCCUCAAGGAGCCGAAUACAGAUUCCGCGUGCUAGCUUGCAACGCCGGUGGCCCCGGUGAACCAGCCGACGUGCCUGGCACCGUCAAAGUUACAGAGAUGCUUGAAUAUCCCGACUACGAAUUGGACGAAAGAUACCAGGAGGGUGUCUUUGUAAGACAAGGUGGAGUCAUCAGGCUCACAGUGCCGAUCAAAGGCAAGCCAAUCCCGAUAUGCAAAUGGACCAAGGAAGGCCAGGACGUCAGUAAGAGAGCCAUGAUCGCCACUUCUGACACCCACACCGAACUUGUGAUCAAAGAAGCUGAGAGGGAAGACUCUGGAAGUUACGAUCUGGUUCUUGAAAACAAGUGCGGCAAGAAGGCCGUUUACAUCAAGGUCCGAGUGAUCGGUAGUCCAAACCCUCCAGAGGGACCCCUGGAAUAUGACGACAUACAAGCUCGCUCGGUCCGAGUAAGCUGGAGAGCUCCCUCUGAUGACGGAGGUGCUGACAUUACCGGGUACAUCAUUGAGAGGCGAGAAGUGCCCAAGGCAGCCUGGUACACCAUCGAUUCCAGAGUCAGAGGCACCUCUCUCGUGGUAAAAGGCCUCAAAGAGAAUGUAGAAUAUCACUUCCGGGUUUCAGCGGAAAACCAAUUUGGCAUUAGCAAACCUCUGAAAUCUGAAGAACCAGUUGUACCCAAAACACCACUGAAUCCUCCAGAGCCUCCAAGCAACCCUCCAGAAAUCCUCGACGUGACAAAGAGUUCUAUUAGCUUGUCAUGGUCCAGACCCAAAGACGAUGGAGGUUCUCGUGUCACCGGUUAUUACAUUGAGCGUAAAGAAACAUCCACCGAGAAAUGGGUCAGACAUAACAAGACACAAAUCACCACCACAAUGUACACGGUCACAGGGCUGGUCCCCGAUGCGGAGUAUCAGUUCCGUAUCAUUGCCCAGAAUGAUGUCGGCCUGAGUGAAACCAGUCCGGCUUCUGAACCUGUUGUGUGCAAGGAUCCAUUUGAUAAACCCAGUCAGCCCGGAGAAAUCGAGAUCCUGUCGAUAUCGAAGGAUAGUGUCACGCUCCAAUGGGAGAAACCCGAAUGUGAUGGCGGCAAAGAGAUCCUUGGCUACUGGGUUGAAUACCGGCAGUCUGGAGACAGUGCCUGGAAGAAGUGCAAUAAGGACAGAAUCAAGGACAGGCAGUUCACCGUUGGUGGUUUAUUGGAAGCCACGGAAUAUGAAUUCAGAGUUUUUGCCGAAAAUGAGACUGGAACUAGCAGACCUCGAAGAACUGCCAUGUCUGUGAAGACGAAAUUGACAUCUGGAGAGGCACCCGGAGUCCGGCAAGAAAUGAAAGAUGUCACCACUAAACUGGGAGAAGCUGCUCAACUUUCAUGUCAGAUCGUGGGCAGACCCCUUCCUGACAUAAAAUGGCAACGCUUUGGUAAAGAGCUGGUACAGAGCCGAAAAUACAAAAUGUCAUCAGACGGGCGCACGCACACCUUGACCGUAAUGACCGAGGAACAGGAGGAUGAAGGGGUAUACACCUGCAUCGCGACCAAUGAAGUUGGAGAGGUGGAAACCAGCAGCAAGCUGCUGUUACAAGCGACUCCCCAGUUCCACCCUGGCUACCCGCUGAAAGAGAAGUACUACGCAGCCGUGGGAUCCACCCUCCGACUGCACGUCAUGUAUAUUGGCCGUCCAGUCCCGGCCAUUACUUGGUUCCAUGACCAGAAACCUUUGAGAGACUCAGAAACCGUGACAGUUGAGAACACCGAGCACUACACUCAUCUGAUCAUCAAGAACGUUCAGCACAAGACCCACGCUGGGAAAUAUAGAGUGCAGCUGAGCAAUAUUUUUGGAACAGUCGACACUGUCCUGAAUGUGGAAAUUCAAGAUAAACCAGAUAAGCCCACAGGGCCAAUCGUCAUCGAGACCCUCUUAAAGAACUCGGUGGUAAUCAGCUGGAAGCCCCCGGCAGACGAUGGAGGAUCGUGGAUCACCAAUUAUGUGGUAGAGAAAUGUGAGGCUAAGGAAGGUGCAGAAUGGCAACUGGUAUCAUCGGCCAUAUCGGUGACAACCUGCCGAAUUGUUAACCUCACUGAAAAUGCUGGCUAUUAUUUCCGCGUUUCUGCUCAGAAUACAUUUGGCAUCAGUGAGCCCCUCGAGGUCUCAUCCGUUGUUAUCAUCAAGAGCCCAUUUGAAAAGCCCUCCGCUCCUGGGAAACCCACCGUGACAGCUGUCACCAAGGAUUCCUGUGUGGUGGCUUGGAAACCCCCUCCUAGUGACGGGGGUGCAAAAAUCCGCAAUUAUUUCCUGGAGAAGCGUGAAAAGAAACAAAAUAAGUGGAUUGCGGUGACCACCGAAGAAAUUCGCGAAACCGUAUACUCGGUGAAGAACCUUAUUGAAGGUCUUGAGUACGAGUUCCGGGUGAAAUGUGAAAACCUGGGCGGGGAAAGCGAAUGGAGCGAGAUAUCUGAGCCCAUCAAUCCUAAAUCCGACGUGGCCAUUCAAGCUCCACACUUUAAAGAAGAACUGAGAAAUCUGAAUGUCAAGUACCAAAGUAAUGCAACUCUGGUCUGCAAAGUCACGGGCCACCCCAAGCCUGUGGUGAAAUGGUACAGGCAGGGGAAAGAAAUCAUAGCAGAUGGUGAAAAGUAUAAGUCCCAAGAAUUUAAGGGUGGCUAUUACCAGCUCGUCAUCACAAAUGUGACAGAUGACGAUGCCACCGUCUACCAAGUUAGAGCCACCAACCAAGGAGGAUCCGUCUCUGGCACUGCCUCUGUGGAAGUAGAAGUCCCGGCUAAGAUCCACUUGCCCAAGAACCUCGAAGGCAUGGGUGCCGUCCACGCUCUCCGGGGUGAAGUGAUCAGCAUCAAGAUCCCUUUCAGCGGCAAGCCAGAUCCAGUGAUCACCUGGCAGAAGGGCCAAGAUCUCAUCGACAACAACGGACACUACCAAGUGAUCGUCACCCGCUCCUUCACAUCGCUGGUGUUCUCCAAUGGCGUGGAGAGAAAAGAUGCUGGCUUCUAUGUCGUGUGUGCUAAAAACAGGUUCGGCAUCGAUCAGAAGACGGUUGAGCUGGACGUAGCCGACGUCCCGGAUCCCCCCCGGGGAGUCAAGGUGAGCGACGUUUCGAGAGAUUCUGUCAACUUGACCUGGAAUGAGCCGGCUUCUGAUGGCGGCAGCAAAGUCACUAAUUACAUCAUUGAAAAAUGUGCCACCACAGCAGAGCGGUGGCUUCGCGUGGCCCAAGCCCGCGAGACGCGGUACACUGUGGUUAACCUGUUUGGCAAGACCAGCUACCAAUUCCGGGUCAUAGCCGAAAAUAAAUUUGGACUGAGCCAGCCUUCCGAACCUACAGAGCCAACGAUAACCAAGGAAGAUAAGACCAGAGCCAUGAACUACGACGAAGAGGUUGAUGAAACCAGAGAGGUUGUCACAUCCAAGGCCUCUCACUCGUCCACCAAGGAACUCUACGAGAGAUACAUGAUUGCAGAAGACCUCGGGCGCGGCCAAUUUGGAAUUGUCCACCGCUGCGUAGAAACCUCUUCUAAAAAGACGUAUAUGGCCAAGUUUGUCAAAGUCAAGGGGACUGACCAGGUUUUGGUGAAGAAGGAAAUUUCCAUCCUGAACAUCGCUAGGCACAAAAACAUCUUAUAUCUCCAUGAAUCGUUUGAAAGCAUGGAAGAAUUAGUCAUGAUCUUCGAAUUCAUAUCCGGUCUCGACAUCUUCGAGAGAAUCAACACAAGCGCUUUUGAACUUUCUGAAAGAGAAAUCGUAAACUACGUGCGCCAGGUCUGCGAAGCCCUCGACUUCCUACACAGCCAUAACAUCGGACACUUUGACAUUAGGCCCGAAAACAUAAUUUACCAAACAAGGAGGAGUUCCACGAUUAAGAUCAUUGAAUUUGGUCAGGCCAGGCAGCUGAAGCCUGGGGACAACUUUAGACUUCUCUUCACCACCCCAGAGUACUACGCACCUGAAGUACAUCAGCACGAUGUAGUCAGCACAGCUACCGACAUGUGGUCCCUAGGGACCCUAGUGUAUGUGCUGUUGAGCGGAAUCAAUCCCUUCCUCGCUGAAACGAACCAACAGGUCAUUGAGAACAUAAUGAAUGCCGAAUACACCUUCGACGAAGAAGCGUUCAAGGACAUCAGCAUCGAAGCCAUAGACUUUGUCGACCGCCUGUUAGUAAAAGAAAGAAAAUCUCGCAUGACAGCAGCGGAAGCCCUGGAGCACUCCUGGCUGAAGCAAAGAACGGACAGAGUCAGUACGAGGGUCAUCAGGAACCUGAGACACCGACGUUACUACCAGACCCUGGUGAAGAAAGACUUGAACAUGGUGGUGUCCGCAGCCCGAGUCUCUUGUGGCGGUGCCAUCAGAUCUCAAAGGGGAGUGAACAUUGCUAAAGUCAAAGUUGCGUCCAUUGAAAUUGGCCCCAUUUCCGGGCAGAUCACGCACGCCGUGGGAGAAGAAGGCGGCCACGUAAAGUACGUGUGCAAGAUUGAAAAUUACGAUCAAUCCACCCAGGUGACCUGGUACUUUGGCAUCAGACAGUUGGAGAACAGUGAGAAGUAUGAAAUCACCUACCAGGACGGGCUGGCCACCAUAUACAUCAAAGACAUUCAUAGAUCAGACGACGGUACCUACAGGUGCAAGGUAGUCAACGACUACGGCGAAGACAGUUCCUACGCAGAGCUGUUCGUCCAAGGUGUGAGAGAAGUCUACGACUAUUACUUCCGGAGAACGGUAAAGAGAUUGAAGCGCAGAGCGGAUACCAUGAGAUUACUGGAGAGGCCGCCAGAAUUUACUUUGCCCCUCUACAACCGGACUGCCUACGUGGGUGAAACGGUCAGGUUUGGGGUCACCAUAACGGUGCACCCCGAGCCCCGGGUGACGUGGUAUAAAUCCGGUCAGAAAAUCAAGCCCGGGGACGAUGACAAAAAGUACACGUUUGAGUCCGACAAAGGCCUGUAUCAGCUGACGAUUAACAGCGUGUCCCCAGACGAUGACGCCGAAUACGCCAUCCUGGCCAAGAACAAGUACGGGGAAGACAGCUGCAAAGCCAAGCUGACGGUCAACCCCCACCCCCCUGCGGCGGAUACGACCCUAAGACCAAUGUUCAAGCGACUCCUGGCAAACGCAGAAUGCCAAGAGGGCCAGAGCGUCUGCUUUGAGAUCCGAGUCUCCGGCAUUCCGGCGCCAACGUUGAAAUGGGAGAAAGACGGCCAGCCCCUAUCCCUCGGCGCCAAUAUUGAGAUCGUCCACGAGGGCCUGGAUUAUUACGCUUUGCACAUCAGGGACACUUUGCCGGAAGAUACAGGCUACUACAGAGUCACCGCCACCAACAGUGCCGGGUCUACCGGUUGCCAGGCUCACCUGAAAGUGGAGCGCUUGAGGUACGUCAAGCACGAGUACAAGAGUCAGGAAGAACGGGAAAAACACGUCCAAAGGCAGAUCGACAAAACACUGCGGAUGGCCGAGAUUCUGUCUGGCACAGAGUCCGUGCCCCUGACCCAGGUAGCCCAGGAGGCUUUGAGGGAAGCCGCCAUCCUCUACAAACCCGCCGUGAGCACCAAGACCGUAAAAGGUGAAUUUGAACUUCGGCAGGAGGAAAAGAAGGAAGAAAGAAGGCUGCGCAUGCCCUACGAGAUACCGGAGCCACGCAGGUGUAAACGGACAACGGUGGAAGAAGACCAGAACAUAAAACAGUUUGUGCCCAUGUCGGACAUGAAGUGGUACAAGAAGAUCCGGGAUCAGUUUGAGAUGCCAGGGAAACUUGACCGGAUGGUACAGAAGCGACCCAAGCGAAUUCGCCUUUCCAGGUGGGAACAAUUCUAUGUGAUGCCUCUUCCACGCAUCACAGACCAAUACAGACCCAAAUGGCGUAUCCCCAAGCUGUCUCAAGAUGAUCUCGAAACCGUGAGACCUGCCCGCCGCCGCACCCCAUCCCCUGACUACGACUUCUACUACAGACCGAGGCGGCGAUCCCUCGGCGACCUGUCCGACGAAGAGCUCCUCCUCCCGAUCGACGAUUACUUGGCCAUGAAGAGAACCGAGGAGGAGAGGCUGCGCCUUGAAGAGGAGCUGGAACUGGGCUUCUCUGCCUCCCCACCGAGCCGAAGCCCUCCCCGAUUUGAGCUCUCCUCCCUCCGCUACUCUUCCCCGAGGGCACACAUCAGUGUAGAGGACACCCGAAGAAAAGAGCAGAGGUACUCGACUUACCACAUCCCAACCAAAGAGGAAACCAGCACGACUUACAGGGAACUCCGGGAGCGUCACGACCGAGCGGCCCAGAGACAAGCGAAGCAGCGCGAGAGAAUAAUGGCCGAGAAGGAGGAUGAAGAAUUGCUCCGUCCGUUUACCACCACUCAGCGACUCUCGGAGUACAGGAGUGAGCUUGACCAGAUGGCCAAGGAGGAGAAGUCAAGAAAGAAAUCCAAAAAGCAAAUCGAGAUCACCGAGAUCACAGAAUUCGAAGAAGAGAUAGAAACCUCCAGACGGUCUCACCGAGAGUCUUCGUCGGUCUCGAGGUUGCUGGGGAGGCGGCGGUCCCUGUCUCCAAGCUAUAUCGAACUGAUGCGGCCGGCGUCGGAGCUCAUCAGACCUCACUCCCGGCCUGCUGAGGAAGCUGAGCCCGAGAGGAGGUCCCCUACCCCGGAGAGGACCCGUCCCCGGUCCCCCAGUCCCGUCUCCAGCGAGCGAUCCCUCUCCAGGUUCGAGAGGACAGCCAGAUUCGACAUCUUCUCCCGGUACGAGUCCAUGAAAGCGGCCCUGAAGACUCAGAAAACGUCUGAGAGGAAAUACGAAGUUUUGAGCCAGCAGCCUUUCACCCUGGACCACGCGCCCCGCAUCACCCUGAGAAUGCGCUCCCAUCGCGUGCCUUGUGGCCAAAACACCCGUUUCAUUCUAAAUGUUCAAUCAAAGCCUACCGCUGAAAUUAAAUGGUAUCACAAUGGUGUGGAAAUUCAGGAGAGCCACAAGAUUCACUACACCAACACCAGCGGCGUUUUGACCUUGGAAAUCCUCGACUGCCACUGUGAUGACAGCGGGACCUAUCGGGCUGUGUGUACUAACUACAAAGGCGAAGCUUCUGACUAUGCCACUUUAGAUGUGACCGGAGGGGAUUACACCACCUAUACCUCGCGGCGUAAAGACGAGGAGGUCUCGAGAUCCAUUUUCCCCGACCUCACGAGGACCGAGGCCUACGCCGUCUCGUCCUUUAAGAGAUCGUCGGAGAUGGAAGCCUCUUCUUCAGUCAGGGAAGUCAAGUCCCAGAUGACGGAGACCAGGGAAUCCCUCUCAUCCUACGAGCAUCACGCCUCGGCUGAAAUGAAAGGCCAGGCAUCUGAGGAAAAGUCAGUGGAGGAGAGAACGGUACACAGGAAGCUGAAGACCACUCUGCCAGCACGAAUUUUAACCAAACCCCGGUCCGUCACUGUACCUGAAGGCGAGUCUGCCAGGUUCUCUUGUGACACUGACGGGGAGCCAGUGCCCACAGUCACGUGGUUCCGUGCAGGCCAGGUCAUUGGUUCAUCCGGCCGCCACCACAUCACAACCUCGAAAUACAAGUCUACCUUUGAGAUCACUUCGGUACAGGCUGCCGACGAAGGCAGCUACACUGUGGUGGUGGAAAAUUCCGAAGGUAAACAAGAAGCCCAGUUCACUUUGACGAUUCAAAAGAGCCGGGUUCCGGAAAAAGCUAUCACAUCACCUCCCAAAGUCAAAUCCCCAGAGCCCCGGGUGAAGUCUCCCGAAGCAAUUAAAUCUCCCAAGAGAGUGAAAUCCCCAGAGCCGGCAACUUCUCACCCUAAGGCCCCGCCACCCUCAGAAACCAAGUCUGUACCAAAGGAGAAAGUGCAGCUCCCCGUCACCGCUCCUCCAAAGAUCAUUCAGCCAUUGAAAGCGGAAGCUUCUAAAGACACUGCCAAGCUUCAUUGUGUAGUUGAAAGUGACGUCUUACGCGCAAGGGAGGUAGCGUGGUAUAAAGACGGAAAGAAACUGAAGGAAAACGGGCACUUCCAGUUCCACUAUUCUUCGGACGGCACCUACGAACUCAAAAUCCACAACCUCACCGAAGCCGAUCGCGGUGACUACAUUUGUGAGAUCUCCGGAGAGGGCGGAGCCUCCAAAACCAAUUUCCAGUUUGUUGGCCAGGCCUUUAAAAAGAUCCACGACCAGCUGUCAAGCACAGCAGAGAGCAAGAAACCGACUCCUAAAGCUGCUGAGUCAGCUGAGACCAAGACGCCUUCCCCGAAAGGCGCUGAACCAGCAGAGGCCAAGAAACCCCAGGAGAAACCACUCGAACCAGCCACCUCAAAGCCGGUCAUUGCUACUGGGCUGCAAGACACGACUGUAUCUUCCAACACGGUCACCAAGCUAACGGUCCACGUUACGGGAGACCCUUGCCCAACUGCCACCUGGACCAAAGACGGAAAGGCUCUGGCACGCGGUGGGAAAUACGAAAUAUCUGAAGGCAAAGGAGUAUUCCACCUGGAAAUCCAGGAGACUGGUACUUCAGAUGCUGGACUUUAUACUUGCACAGUCACAAAUUCAGCAGGCUCCGCUUCCUCUAGCUGCAGAUUGACCGUAAAAGCAGUUAGAGACUCUGAAACCCACCAAGUAUCCACACUGGAAACCUCCCAAGUGGCAUCUCAGGAAAGAGCAGUUCUCCAAGAAACUUCCAGAGAGGCCUCUGUCUCUAAAGUCAAAACCUCAGAAAAGUCAGCUAUCCAGGAAAAACUUUCCCAAAAGGCCCUGAUUUCUGAAGAAAUCAAGAAAUCAGAAGUGUCUUCUCUCGAAAAAGCAGUUAUCCAGGAAGAAGUCAUCAAAAAGGCCCAGGUAUCAGAAGACAUCAGUCACACUGAAGUCAAAGCUUUCUCCACUCAAAUGAACGUGUCUGAAGGUCAAAAGGUUACUCUGAAAGCCAACCUCAUUGGUGCAUCUGAUGUCAAAUGGGUGCUGAAUGGAGUGGAGCUUUCUAACUCAGAAGAUUACCGAUUCGGCGUCUCUGGCAACGAUCACACCUUAACCAUCAAGAAAACCAGUCGCCGAGAUGAAGGCAUCCUUACCUGUGAGGGAAGAACUAAUCAAGGCAUCGUCAGGUGUCAGUUUGAUAUGACCCUGUGUAAGGAGCGCUCAGAUGCCCCGGCCUUCAUUACUCAGCCACGAUCCCAGAACGUUAACGAAGGACAGGCGGUCCUCCUUUCCUGUGAAAUCAGUGGAGAUCCGUCUCCGGAAAUUGAAUGGUUUAAGAACAACCAUCCUAUCUCGGUUUCAUCCAACAUCAGAGUAAAUCGCUCCCGUAACACCUACUCCCUUGAAAUUCGAAGCGCGGCAGUAAGCGACAGUGGAAAAUACACAGUUAAGGCCAAAAAUUUCCACGGACAGUGCUCCGCUACAGCAUCCCUGACUGUGCUCCCUCUAGUUGAAGAACCUUCAAAGGAGGUAGUGUUGAGGACAAGCGGUGAUGCAAGCAUGCAAGAAAGCUUCUCCUCUCAAUCAGUCCAAAUGUCCGCCUCUAAAAAAGAGGCCUCCUUCAGCAGUUUCAGCAGUAGCAGUGCUAGCAGCAUGACUGAAAUGAAAUUUGCGAGCAUGUCUGCCCAAAGCAUGUCCUCCAUGGAAGGAUCCUUUGUAGAGAUGAGUUCCAGCAGUAUUAUGGGAAAAUCUAGUAUGACACAACUGGAAAGCUCAACUAGUAGAAUGCUUAAAGCAGGUGGAAGAGGGUUUCCACCCAAAAUCGAAGCUCUUCCAUCUGAUAUCAGCAUCGACGAAGGCAAAGUUCUCACCCUGGCCUGCGCCUUUUCAGGAGAACCCACUCCUGAAAUAUCAUGGUCCUACGGUGGGAGAAAAAUCCAAAGUCAAGAAGAGCAUGGGAGAUUCCAUAUCGAAACUACCGAUGACCUGACGACCCUGAUCAUCAUGGAUGUCCAGAAGAAGGACGGCGGACUCUACACCCUGAGUUUAGGGAAUGAAUUCGGAUCUGACUCUGCCACUGUGAAUAUUAAUAUCCGAUCCAUUUAGAGAGCCUGCGCUCUUAUAUUUUCCACUUGCCUUUUUGCAAGUGAUUUGUAUGGACUAAACUUUCUGAUCUGUAAAUAGAAAAAGUAUUUUUGUACCGACCUAAAAGAGACAAAGUCCAAAGUUAUUCAGUAUGAUUUAUUGCCAGUGCUGUUGACUCAGAAUGGUAAACAUUUGUCCUCGACCUGUACAUACUUGUAUAUAGCCGGAGUAACGGUUAUGGAGUUUUGUACCCUUUAUUUUGUGACCUUUUACAAUGUAACUUUUGGAACUCACCGUUGGCAGGAGAAAGUUUCAUCCGGAACGAAUACCCUGCUCGACAUCUUACUAAUCUUUGUGCCUCAACACAAUGUUGACGACUAAGAAGGCCUCAAUGGGUUGAGAAAGUCCCCGUUGACGUUGUCCUACACCUAAGAGAAAAUGCCGCACGCGGUACUUGGUACCUGUGCGAAUACUAACAGGAUCAGAAACGUAAGGCAUUGGUGAUGUUUGCAAAUACCCUCCUGUAAGCAGCACUUGAACGUCUUACAUUCUCUCUGAUGAUGUCACACUCCUAAUUUUCAGACGUAUGACUGGGCGAGCAAAGUGCAAGCGGCCAACACUUUGUUCCCACUCUCUUAGUACUGCUUCUGACACAUUGACUGCUUGGAUGGCUUGAAAAAAGUAACAUCUCCUGGCCAUUCCCUCAUUUCACAAGCCACUCAAGUACUCCAGUGCAGAAGUAGUGCCUCCUCUCGGAGGUUCCCCGGGUGCUACGGUUGUGUUUGUUUGGUAGUUGUAGAGUUGUAGUACACCUGUCAGUCCUGGGCAACUAAGCAUGGACCACAGCAAGGAAGGAAAACAGAACAUCAGAAAUGCUGUUGUUAAACACCCAAUUGCCCUCAAAUUCAAUCUGAUGUAGGUCUUUUCAUUGUAGAAGUAAAUUACAUUGCUAGCCAAUUGUUGAACCUCCUUGAGUUAGUAUCAUUGAAAUAAAGCAUGCUUUCUGCACCUCAAAA